AUGUUUAGUGAAGGUCUACAGAAGAAUGUGACCAUUAUCAUUGCAGCUGUCGAUUCCCUUGGGACGCAGCACUGCCGCCCAGGCGGCGUGAUCUGUCCUGACGUGGGUACUAGUGACACCAAGUACAGUCGGCUUGUGCGCCUUCCGCACAGCACCCAGGAGGGGUUGUAGGUCUUCGUAGGAUUUGUCCCGUACCUCGUUGGAGCUGGGAGAUGCAGACGCCGACGAAGGUGGCGUAGGGUUAUGAGACGGUCGUUAUUGUCCUGCGGCAUACAGAGUAGUUGUUUCACAAAUUAGUGUUGACAACAAAGGCGACGAUAGCGUUGAGUUGCACUGACUUUAGGUGACCGUUCUAUGACAAGAUGUAGCUGGCACCCACCUCCUUGAGUCAAUUCUGCUCGGUGAACCAGGUCUUGCUGAGAGCAGUGAUGGCAAAUAUGCAGAACGCCAGUUCAUGCGCGACCAACGUUUUCCUCUUUACCGGCCUCUUGCUCCGCGGAAUAUCUGGAAGAUGACGAACAUUACAGGCUGCCAGCGGGUUAGGAGUCCCUUUAGCAGAGCCUGAAAUACAGUAAGUGGGAUAACUCAUGAAAUGUCAUGCCAGUGUCUUUUGAUAAAUGCAAAAGAUUUUUGAUGGGAUUGAGAUAUGGACUGUAGGCAGGAAUGAAAAUCGACAUGCGGAAAGGCUGAAUCCUUUCUAAAAAGUCAGAUUACGGUUAAUUGCGUUAUUAGAUUCAUACGUCUUUGGAACGAUUGUCAGGUAUCCAGUCGGCGUCGGUGGAUAUCGUUGUAAUCGAAAACGGAUCUCACAAUGGUGACAAACACCUUGCUGUUGUUGGUGUUCGUAGUCGACCGCCAGACUGAUCUCUCUCAGAAUUUAAUCGCCAUCCUAACCAUUAACCGCCGACAAUUCUUGAAUGUUGUCCACGGCGCAGUGUGCUCUUUUGAAUAGUUUUUUCCUCAUAUGACCAUCUAUGUCGACUUCAUUGGCUUGCCUACGAAGGAGACCACAUCACAGAUGUGAAUGCUCUUCCAGAGUAUGGGCCGUUAACCAAUAUAUUUCUUAGCAAAUAGAAAAUUUUCUUUAAUAUGUUUUAUACUUAAAAACGGCUUGAUCAUGGCUUUUUUGAUGAAGUUCAAACUCCCGCAUCCUUUCCUAAUUAUAUCCAGAUAGGACAUCGGCAGAUAUGCCCUGUGAAUGGUCUUAGUAAGCAUAUAACGAUACUUUUUGUGUACGCCGAAUAAAAUCGUCGUCUUGCUUACUUGGGCACCGUUUUCUUCCACUCUGCUUCUGUUUUUUACGGUUCUAUCAUUAAGUUUUCGCCACAGAGUAACCUUACUUAUAGUAAAAAUACUUGUUAAGGGCGCAUGCGAUAACCCACCUUUGGCUAAUUUCUGUAUCCUCUCAUAGUCGGCUGUUGAAGAACAUUAGAUUGACAUCUUUAUCGCACGGCGUGACGCAGAAAAAUGUCAGCAUGUCGCGCGUACUCAAUAUAUAUCUGUUUACGCAUAUUUGACCUCGGUGUGGUAAAACUAACCACUGUUGAACAAAAUGAUUACUAAAUCUUAUGAUGCAUGUUACAUUUCUCGUCCAAAGUUCGACCAUGACAUUUCAUGAGUUAGACCACCUACUGGUAAAGCCGGAGGAUAGAGAGGAGUGUUGGUGUUUAUUGUAUUGUUAAGAUCGUGAAUUGUACAUGUGCGAGUCACGGUCCGCGAACAGAGGAUGCGCUCUCAGUAUUUGUUUGGAGUGUAGCGACACAGCAGUGAGAAUGUGUAUAGUCAGUGAGCUACACUUAUCAAGUCACACCCCAUGUUGGAAGGAUAAGACGAAAGGCACCCGAGUGAGUGGUUUAUUGCGCACAGAACCGGAGUAGUCCACUCAGGCGGCAGCGGCCACUGUCAAAGCCAGGGCUGGUGAUGACUGCGCCCAGUCAUGCCUGAGGGUCCUUGAGAUAGUGGCGACAACCGCUUUUGUAAGCUCGUGGGCCAAGCUCAAGUGGUGUCCACUCAGUGUGUGUUGCAUUUGCCGAGGGGUGGUGUCCCAGUGGAUAAGGUUGCGGUUGCGGGGGGGAGGAGGUGCGUUCGAGUGACCGCAUGGGCAGCUGCGGCUGUGCGGACGCAGGUAUGCCCGAGCUGUUGGUCGUGUGACUUCAGGUCAGCGCGUCUGGAACGUCUUACUGUAAAACAGCGCAUGAUCUUGAGGCGGCGAGGUCUUGAACAAGGACGCCAGACCGAUUAUGAUGGCUGCCCGCUAAAAGGGCCCAGUCUAUAGCCCCUUCCCCGCAAGCUGGAAGAAGUGCAGCUGCUCAGACAUUCGCAUCGGCUGCCGAACUCCACUACUGGUAGCGACUUCAUUUUACUAACGUGCGCCAUAGGCAGGAUUUUAUUUCCAUUUCGCCGUAAGAUUCUUUCCGGGUGGGAAGGAAGAGCGGAAUGGGAAGCGGAGCAGACUAACUAAAUAUGUGGACACCCAACACUGGAUACUCUAAUUUACUUUCGCCAGUUGAUAAAGGCCGUUAUCGGCGUGUGCUGCUAGGGUGAGCCUAACCUCGAAAGCCACAGGUGAUGAUUGGUUGUCGGCUAAGGACCGUGCAGGGCAGGCACCACUUGCACGCGGUACAUGUUGCAAUCUACCAUAUCCUGUACCAUGUAGCCCUUAAUAAGACACCUUACCGUAUACUUAUGCAGACAGACAGUUCUGUUUUAUCUUAGGACUUGCAUCUGGAGACUAACCAGGCUGCCGCGCAGCGAUGAACGACCUAUCAAGAAGACGGAAAAUUGAGUGAAUUGCUGAUAGAAGCGAAGAUAAGUGGGAAGAGGGAGACACGAUCGUUAGGACGAGAUCUUUAUUUGGCUGGCGUUACGGAUUCCUGUUGUAACUCAUCAUCAGAGGCAAUAGCAGAUACAGGUGGUUCAUGCGCAGAGGGCUUCAGUAAUUAUAGGAUGCAGUCGCCAUGCUACCGCAUACCUAUGAAUAUUCACGGCUCCAUCCCCUUCAUCAGGUACUGUUGCACGUGGUGUGAUGAAUGCUUGAUGGCAGACAUUCGCAUCGUUAAUUGCUGAAAUUUCAUCACGAGUGUUGGAUGUUGGCGUGAUGAGGGCUCGACGAUCUGCUCCCCCUGAUCCUGGCGUUGGGGGCAGUGUUCACCUGUUCUCUCCUUGUGUGGACAAUUAAUCCGCCUAGGCGAAGUCUCAGCACCGAGUAUGGAAGGGUAAGGCCGUUGAGCUGUUUAAUAGACUGCGGGCUAUUGAACCAUCAAUCCGGCAGCUUACGGCUCACGCGGUUGCCACCUCUAGCGAGAAUUUGGGCCUCGUGUAAUUUUAAUGUUUUGCCGGAUCUCGUCGAAUAAGUCACAAUUUCAGAACUGGAGUCGUUUCUCAACACUGCUGUCUCCUGUUCAGCCAUUCAUCUUUGGAGCAUUCCUCCAGUUUCUUCGACGAAGCUGCUUUGUUCCCAACUGCAACAGAUCCGAUAAACUACUUUAGACGUUUCUUGCCGCGUCAGUGGGUAUUUUGGUUUAAUUAUCUGACGCCUGAUGGCUGCCUCCGGUCUGCGUGAAAGUAUACGCUUACGUCUAGUGAUGCAAACAAUUGAUGCCUUCUCAUUAGGCAUUUAGGCUCACGUAUGAAGAUAAAACGAACGUAAACAGCAUGAAUUAAGGAGGCCAAAAUAUACUGACGACAUCUUAGCGUCCACUUGUUUUUCUUUCGUCGUUUUUUAAGUUUUCGUUUCGCUAGUAGGCUGUUUUUUAAUCACACUAUGACUCUGUUGUUUCUACACUGAUUUCCUGAUCAAAAUCAACCUGACGUAAUUCGAUAUCAAUGUUGCGUAGCGACUGGUGGCAGCUGCUAUGCCGACGCAAAAUGUAUUGGCGCCAUCAAAUUUUUCUGUUUACGCCUGUUUUAACUUCCAACCUGUUUUCAGCAGAUAGAUUUUAUUUCGAAUAACAAUUCUACGUAACAAAAUUACUGAUAAAAGUUAGGAAAAUCAGUGAUAUUUUACAAGAUUUAUAGGCGUGUUCAAUUCAGUUGGUAAUUUUCUAAGGAUAUGCGUUUACUACAACUCCUUAGUGUCGUAUUAUAAAUCCACAAGUUUCAGCAAUAAUGGGGUCCAUUCACUAUGGGCCGUAAAUAAUUUAAUAUAUUACUCAAAAGUCAAAAUGUGUAGCACAAAAGGAAGGAGUAUUACUGGUACAGUUCUAGUCUAAGCUUCUGCAUUUCUAUCUCUUCACACGUAUGAUAGCGCACCAGGAAAGGCAAUACAGAAGGCUGAUAUGGGAUAAGUCGAAAGCCAGGGCGCAUGGGGCGGGAAGACUUCACAGAAAUUAGUACAGAAGCACGGAAUGGGCAACGCCAUCCAGAAUUCAACUAUCCAAUUGUUUGACCGUUUGUAAAUGUUGUUGUAGGAUAAAAUCGACUAAGAUGAAAUACGAAAUAAGAAGAGAGCAUUCGGAGGACGCGCUUUAAAAGUAACAGAUCUAUUUGAGAAAAGCAGAAAAAAUUACAGGAGGACGAUAAAAAAUAAGAGUAAAAAUGUAGACCUCUAUGAAUCACCGGAUUAAGGGUUGAAAUGUGUGGUUGGAACGUAAACAACAAAUAUAAUGAAGAAUUUUACGAAAUAUAGUGAAAAGAGACAAAAUAUGUAGGAGAAAUGAGAGACUUGAUGAUAAAGUAAUUUCAAGGUAUACGUAAGGAGAUACCUUGAAGGGAAGGGUGUCUAAGUAUUUAGAACUAGGAGAAUGCCACAGUCGCACCAGUCCAUUUUCCUGCGAUCAUAUUGAGAGAUGCUCAAGACCAUACUUCUGAGACUGGAGAUGUGUCUGACCUUUUAGAGUGUGGCUUACAACCACAUCGUCAGCAAGCUCAAUCAAUAGAGAGUCGUUUGGAAAUACUAGCUUAUCAGUAUGGAGGCAAGAGAGGUGAGGGGAUAAGAUGGAACCUUGAAGAACCCCACGGUCGUUGGAAAGGACCGUGAUUUCCGCUGCCGCAUUGGACAAAUUGAAUGCGGGAAGUAAAAUAAUCACCAAGCCAAGAGACAACCCAGCCUGGAGAGCCACACGCGGAUGUUUUGUAAAGACGGUUUUGAAGAUGGAAGAGCAGUCAGUAAAAUCACAUGCGUAUUGGCGACAAUCAUUAUCUAAUUCUUCAUUCUUUGAGUUGACAUACCGUAAGUAAUCUCGGAACACAAACAACGCUACUUCCAUGGAAAAGACAUUUUGACCGAAGAAAGUUUUACUCCAACGUGCACCAUGAUUCUCGUCCGCGCAACGUCGAGAACAUGCGCAGGCCGGACAGUCGGCCUGUCGAAUUACGGAGUCGAUUGCUGAGGACAAUUGUUUACUCACCCGGGUUUUGGGGCGCCUUCUUAUGCCAAUCGUCAGAUUAAUGAAAAGACCAACACAUAGAUCGUUAACUAAUGUACUAUCGAGUCAAUUUGGUCAUCGGUUAUAUGCUAUUGCCCUUCGUGAUACUCAUCAACUCGGUGGUCGAGCUGUGGUUCUCAGUCCGAUGUCUUAAUGUUUAUUAUGUGCAUGCGAACUUGCCGCGUUUGUUCCGUGAUUCUCGCCUCGCGGAGCGGUCUUGCGGGCGGCUAGCCCAACCAUUGGCAUGGCAGCAAAGUAAAAGUUGUUAUGUCAGUCUAAACGCCGGUCAAAUAGGUGCGAUAGCGGGUGUUGCUAUCGACCUGUCCUCUUCUGCUCGUGGAACCGAAUGCCCAGUUUCCGCACAGUUUGACUCAUCUAGACGGUGUGCGGAACGUGAUAGAUAGCAUUCAACUGCUCUUCGACCACUGAUGAUUGUGAUCUUACAAUGCGAUGACCAGUCUCUCUGCGGUGUCAACGUGCAGGAAAUUAAGGACUCAUUAUCUGGCCGGAUGCGAUGCAUACCACAUAAUCACAGUCAUACGUUGUUUGCUUCCAGUGCGAUUGCAGUUUAUGAGGGCACUGGGACUGCCGUCCUCUCCGAAAUGGUCUCACGGAAAUCGGGUCUCGUUCGACUUUGAUUCGGCGUAGCGUUAUAUAUGCACCUGCAUUCGCGAAGGACGCUAAUGCUCUAGUGGGCAAUUGCCGUAAGAUUUAAAUGGAAACUGAGUUCAGUAGAAGAAUAUGUGCUUAAUAGAAGCAGAUGCUUGUUGGCCUAACGAUUCCAAUUCUCCCUCGAACCCCUGAUCAGAGACAGUCGCAGAUAAUGGGUUCGAGUAAAAGUACAAAAUGUCAUUACAAUAAACAUUUUAUCCUAGCAAUCAUAUUUUCUUUUACUAAACUUCUUCCUGGAAGUGGCUAGCUCGCAUCUAUUCACCAGGAGCUGAGCUGUUUGCGCAAACCCUCUCAUGCAGUGACUGCCAGAUCUCCAUCUGGAUGUCGACUGAGAAGUACAAUAAGCAAUGGAAUUUUCAGUUUUGUUCUUUUUUCCAUUGGUUUCAAGUUUCGCAUAAUAUUGAUUUUUAUUUUGGAAAAACAGACACCUAUCAAUUGCGUACUCAUGGAGUUCUUAAUAGACGUUGCACAUACCGGGGAGGGGCGUAAGCCGAAAAUGACGGUGCAUCUUGUGUUAAUAUUUUCAAGUGCUAUAUUGUUGCCUGAGUUGGAUACGUCAAAUUCUUCGUAUAGUUGACGUGAAUGGGUCGCACUGACGAUAUAUGACGACAACAACAACGAGAUCAACAAAAUCAACAACAACAAAACAGGUUGUUUUGUCACUCUACUCUGUAGAAGGGAACCGUUUCCGUCCAACUGUCAGCUAGUCUCUGAAACUGGUCAUUAAUUUUAAGAUUCAUAUCACUCAUUUGACGCAAAAAAUAUUUUGCUGAUGUGUUAACAUAAACCAGAUUGAGCAACAUAUGACUUAUGAUAACGUGCGGUACUGCACUUAGCUACCGAAAUAGUUCGAGCUAAUUACGCUUUAUACGAGCAGACGAGAACAUCGAGCUCGUGACAAAAUUCGAGAGCCUAAUUUUUAAACGAUAUUUUCGGUCAUGCGAAGGAGAUAAGCAUUUGCGAACAUAUCUUCUCAUGGUAGGCGCGCUAAUAAACAUCACUCAAACUUGCGGCGCAAAAAAUAUGUGGGUGCGUAAUGCAUAUACUUAGUGUAAUAUUCACUGCACGCCAAGCCUACAGCACAAAUUGCCGAAGGAUCGCGCAGAUGAAUUAACCGGCAGGCCUUGAAGAAGUCCAUUUCAUGUGUCUGAAGCCCGAGAGGUGUACUUGGCUUUUCGUGAUGGAUUUGUUCCACUGAUAAAGAGGCUUCCACACUUUGUUUAUAGCCGGUAAUCCUAAAACCUAAUAUUCGUGUUACAUUGAAGACGUGGAAAUGAGAUGUGUGAGUCAGCAUUCAGCGACUCAUUUAAGCGUUCAUGUAACCUCACGUAUAUAAUAUAUAUCCGUAUUAUGUAAUUGAUGCAAAGAAGGGUGACCUUUUCGGAGCAAGGUUUCAAUUGUCUGAACUCACAGUCUUUACUGCGAAGUUAACAGGCAGCGGUAAGGUGAAGGACCUCAUUUACCUGUCGGUAGACUGCGGAUCUUGUGCUGGUGUAUGUAAUUGCGAAAUAUAAUUAAGUACCGACGGCGGAUAGUUGUGACCAAGUGCGGUGAAACGAAAGAUGGAGAUCGACAGGGCAUGAAUUGAGGGAUAACAGAAACGUCUGCCAGAGGGUAGGCCCAGUUGUUAACUGGUCAGGCACCCCUUCAAUACGGAACGCCAUGGAAUAGUUAGCUGGAUACCAUAUCCACAUACAUUCAUCAUUUUCCUCGAAAAUACCUUUUUAUUCACCGUCCAUUUCUUACGUUGUCCUGCAUUUCGUCGGCUUAGUGUCCGGCGUCUAAGCAAACCCGUAAACCUCCUUCCAUUAUCAUCAUUCUCCUAUGACACUAUCCAAAUUAUACCGAUAGGUAAUUGAGGUCUUUCAACCUACCGUUGCCGCUGGAAUUCCUGGGAACGUGGAAAAAUUAAAAAACGUAUUUCUUCUACUCCGUUUUCACGACAAUAGUUAUCUCCCUCGCAAGCAUCUGAAAAAAUUUAUGCCAAAUUUCAAUAAAUUUUGUAUGAAACCAAUAAUGCUCAACUAAGCUGAUGUCGGGUCAGAUGUGGUUAUGUAGCCCCACGUGAAGUACACAAACCCCAGUCACCUCUAAUAAGGGACCGGCGGUAAUAGGAAUUUUUUUCCGGUGGGGCCUGGGCUCCCUAAGAGUGAGACAGACCAGACACAGACAACUGUUUCACGGUCGCUACCGAUCUUUAUAACGUCAUCUUAAGAAUGUGAUCGUUUACAAAAAAAAUUAAUUGGCUUUUGCAAGCUUGUAUUUAAAGAUGUGUCUCCUAUGGUCCAAGCACCGCUCGAAUAAACUGGUGGGUUCAGUAAUACUGCCCUCGACCCAAGAUUCAUAUGUAGGGCAAUAGAAAAAAUGCGUUUAUUAAAGUACGAUUCGUCUUAAAAAUGUAAUAGAGUCUACAAAAAUGCUUAAUUUUCUUGUAAAUUCCUGUAUUGAAAGAGUUGUCGGUCAGAUAACUGCAUCCGAGUUAAAAAACAACCCAGUCCCCCGUAAUACGGGACCGGUGGUAAUAUGGGUUUUUACAGAUGGGGCCGGGGAACGCACAGGCGACGAGGUCAAGUAACUGUAUGCAAAAGAAAAGCUAUUGGGAAUGCGCGGUUGCACUUUGAGUGGCUGAGAAAUAUUUGUCUUAACCCCUAACCCUGACCCCUAACUUUGACCCCCUACCUUAACCCCUGACCCUAACACUAAUCAUUUGACCCUAAUCUUAACCCUUAACCGAAGCCCUAUACCCUAGCCCAACAAUAGCGUAUCCAUCAGUUGGGGCUGCAUAACGACACUUUAUCUGAUUUUUCGCGCAUGUGAAUCUUUCCUAUACCAUGACAUUUGCAUUUGUACCCUCAGUUCUGAGGUGGCGAUGCCAUACAGACACUAAGAAUGUUAACGAUCUGAUUUCGUGUUUGAAAUAGUCUGAUUUCAAGAGAAACUGAUGGCAUUUGCGACGGCGACUACUUAAGGAGAGUUAAUCAGGUCCUAUAAACGUCAAGCAGAUGACUGUCCGAUAAAAUUUCUAUGCUCAGGAAAAACUCAUAAGCCAAAAUGAGGAUUUGCCAUGAAUUGCUUCAUGAAGAUUAAAAAACGUUCAGCAUCUACAUACAAGUCAGGGUUAUUGGAGCUUUGUAUGGGUGUUUUCUAAAAGUGGGAAUUAUAAUUACUCGGCGACCAUGGGCCAACAAGAAAAAAGAGGAAAGGACGUAGAAAUAAAGAGAAAGACGACGAUUAUGAUGGCAGUGAUAGUGGUGGGCGUGGGGAUGGUCACGGUGAGGAGAAGAGGGAUGAUGAUGAUGAUGAUGAUGAUGAGGAGGAGGAGGAGGAGGAGGAGGAGGAGGAGGAGGAGGAGGAGAUGGAGGAGGAGAAGGAGAAGGAGGCAAGGAGUAUGAAAAGGCGGAUGAAUGAGAAGAAGUGCUGUCUACCCCGCUUUCUCUCCCUGAAUAAUCGAAAAGGACCAAAAGCAGGCGGACAAUAUUACAUUUUAAAGUUAUUAGGUGUGCUAGUACAGACCAGUCAAAAUAAAAGACACGGGAACAGUGUAAGGAUCCACUCCCUAGAGGCUGCCAUCAUCAUAUUCGCCCAUAUCGGCCCCCGGCUCAAUUCAGCCGCCGUUGUAUGAUUAAAACCGUUUAAUAUUAGGGUUUUGGAUGAGGCAUGUGGAAGGUGUCGCGAACCGUAAAUUUCCUCCCUGUUUUGAUUAAUAAUGCGCACAAAGAAGUUGAGUAGAUGUCAGGAAGGCCCUAUAAUGGUGAAUGGUCCGACCAGGCAGGAAAACUCUCCUUUCAAAAUUAAAAAAAAACAUAGGACGAUUAAGUAAGUUGUUAUAAAGAGCGGCGUCGGCACGAAUAUAAAGGAAAACAAGGUCUUUGAAGCCGUAAAGACUACGGGGACGUGGGUUCACACAAUAAAAGUCGCCGAAUAAAAGAAUAAGUUUCGUACUAUAUAAGAGAGCACAUUUUUGUGGGAAGUUAAAAGGUCGAGGUAAUGUGGCUUCACAAGCAAUAGGGAAGGUAUAAGUGCCGACAAAUAGAGUGAACAACUGAUGUACAAUCACAAACAUCCUCUCGUGGAUGGCAAGCAGAAAAAAAGCUGACUACUCACUUUUAAAGCCAACAUCGGUUGCUCUGUGUCUCUUUUUUCUGCCAAAAGCCAAGAUCGAGAGGAGGCAUUCUUCAAAAUUAGGAAUUAUAUGCUUGCAAGGCCGCUCUUAUGGGCAGUUACUGUUGGACUUAAUGCAGUUGAACUAAUCAGAAUAAACACCGAAGUCAGGGUCUUUUUGGAAGAAUAUGUAAAUACCCUUCAGCACGACUGGUAAAAACAGAAAGUGGGAAUGUAAGCAGCAUCAUUCUCACGUAUACAUUUAGCUUCUGGCAUCUACUGGUGCCCAGUGGACCCUUACGACUGAUUCACACGGUCCGAGUGGACUCGUUGAAACCACCGGGAGGGCAUUUAUUAGCAGCGACAUAUGCGGUCGCAAACAAAUUACGCUUGUUGCCCUUGCGAGCACAGAUGAAUUUAGCGCAUGUCCUGCACUUUUCUCGGCUCAAGGUCGGUUAAUCAGCAGUUUUCCGCAUCUUCCUACGCUUCGUCUGACAUAGCUCCUCAAAUUGCGUCCCAAUCUCGCAUUAAUUCGCGUGAAUUGACGAAAAUUACUUGAGGUCCCUUAAUGCACUCCGUUACUAUAUGAACGCUUUGACCCAAGGAUAAUUUACGGGACGUAAAAGUCUAUUUACCAAACACUCUUUUGGGAAAUCUUCAUAAAUUCGAAAUAACCUGAAUGCCUUUGCUCAUAUAUCGCAUACGCCUCCUCGAAUGUUCCUCUAUGAAACAGUACUAAAACGCUAACCCGUUUAGCAGGCAUCUGAGGUGAAGACAUGGUGUAGGUUCCACCAAACGAUGGUAACUACAAAAAUACGCCAUAAAAUUAUGUGCAGCUGUAAAAAUCAUUUAUUAUUCACCGUUCACAUUGCUAGAAAUUUCCUUCCCUCCCUUAAUAAAUGAGAACAUGCGAACGGCGCUCUACUCGAGGUACGUUAUUUUUUGGAAAUUGCUUUCUGUUUAUUUUUCAAUCGUUGCGCCCACAUUCUUUGCCAAGUACCUUUUUUCUGUGGUCUCUUGCACUUCUUCCUGUGUGUUGCUCCACUCAGAACUCCCCCUUAAUCACCAUCCAACGUAUGACACGGUCUGAAGUUGAAAGUAUCAUGUGUGAUGAGAUCACCUCUCCGAGAUGGGUAUUCCACCAAACUCCCUUCAACACAGAAUCCGUUCAAAAUCUGGUCGUCGCUACUUUCUGGCAUCUCCAAGUCCUUGCUAGUGCCUCGUUGGUCUUUACGAAGCCUCCCAGAGCUGCUGACGCCCUGCAACGGAGUAUUUUUGUGUCUCCCUCUGCUAAUGUCUAUACGGACGCCCUUUUUGACUUACUUAGACUUGGCAUCAGUGGGAUUUCUCCCACAUCACCAUAAAAUUUCUGCUGUAUUCUCUUUUGAAAGCGUAGGGCAUCAAUUCGUUCUUAAGUGUUGUCUUCAGUUCCCAAUUCCUCUGUCACUGAAAUCCCCUUUAUCAUCCUUGCUACAGAUCUUAUUGCUGUCCACGAUCUCUUGACUAACUGUCAGGAUCACAUCAACCGAUAGACCUAAGGUGCGGUCUAGCGGAUCGGGCUGUCUUCACAGUCUGGUCGUAAUGGACCAUGAUCUAAUAACUCGCUUUAUCCUUGCAUUGUACUACCUGACUCAGCUACUUAUGGUAAGAGCUACCUUGAAAACAGGCCUCGGCAGCGAUCAUGCGAAAUAUUUCGUAAACUCUCUGCCUCAGACCUUCUGAUGGAGUGCCGGGGAUCGCAAAACACUACAGGAUUAUCAUACCCUCAAUCAGAGGAUUCCAUCAGUUAUAGGUAGAGUUCCAGCUUACCGUCCUAGUCUCAGACGCGGCGUACAUGUUGACCGAUCAUGCUGCGCUCAACAUUCCACGCUAAAGAUACAACAAAACGCCUUGUUCCAGUGAUCGUUUCUUAUUCUUCUUUUUCUGAAUCUGCACUACAUCCACCUACUACGAUGUGAUUCACCACCUUCACGGGACCAGUCCUCUGAGUCCCUCUCGAUUGCCACUCCCGUGCGUCGAACUGCAGAAGGCUGAGAUCGAGCAUAACUUCCAACUAAAGAAGAUACAGUAGUUUGAAUGUCUUUAUCUCUCACACUCGCAUAUGAGCCGCGACAAUGUUUAUUGCAACAACGCAGGAACGUAAAUCCCUUUUGCUUCUUCAUGGCUUUGUAAGCAUUCAAUUUGAUGAAGCUAACUUGCCAAAUAUCAAACUGGUGAGGAAAUUAUCCCACACUUUUGUUAACGUGGGAUGUAUCAGAAUCGGGGCAUUACCCUUUUCAUCUGACAUCACAGAAUCUUUGCAAACGAUUCUUUGACCUGCCUAACGCCUCGAAGCACUGUAGACUUUUUGUGACCGAGCGUAUGCGUGACUCCCAUUUAUUAUUUUCUGCACAAAUGAUCAUAAUGGCUUACUGUAAUUUGGGAAUAUUUUUGAUCAUACCUGAUCUAGCCAACGUCGAUGAUUUGGGGGUAAGUCUGUUUGGUCGAUCCAUUACUUCUGUAGUAGUGGAGAAUUAAUAUGAGGGUCCAUGAACCACGUGAAUGUCCUUACGGACUGCGUGAUAGGGGAUUUGGAGUCGGCCUCUUGUCCGCAUUCUCAAGGAAAAUAACAUUGCUGAAUAAACGGCAAUAAGGAACGUUGACAAAAUACACCCCUCAGUCUGUUCAGACUGUCCCACGCCAGACGAUGUGGAUGUGUUUUAUUCUAAGGAGAUUUUUCGGACAGACGACCCUCGUUUUACCCGCUUUCCGCGCAUAUAGCUUAAUGUCCCCGACGGUACAGGAGCACUAGCUAACCUGAUCCGCAGCAUGAGCCGAACUUUGUGGAAAGAAAGGAAUCGCUUUUGGUUCAUAGCUAUUUCCGAAGAACUGUUAAAACGCCGGCAGCAGCAAAACCACAUUCCGCAAAGUGUCCCUGUUUGACACUUAAAGGACAAUGUGGUGGGCUGUAGUUGAGACCCAUCAGUCGAUGUCCGGAUGCAACAUGGGUACCGUCAAACUCGCGCAAUACCUUUCAGAUAAUCCUGUCGAUGAGGAAACGGAGCAGACCGGGUGAAAGUAUGUAAUCCCGUUGAAAGCCAGAUCGGAUGUUUAAGGACUGAGAGAGGCUGUUAUGAAUGAGUAAUAUCUGCCACCAGAGUGCUGAUGCUUGGUGUAUAUACCACAGCAAAAAUGUCGUCCUCCCCAGGAGCCCCUUUAAUAUGGAAGUGAUUUCUUCUUGACUAUUCAAGCCACACGACAGUAAAGAGGUUUAAGACGCCUAAAAUUCAGUCUGGGAGGAACGAUAAGCGACGAUUGAUCGGUCCCCAAGGCUGAGAAAGCUUUCGAACUGCCCACACUAGCUCUCACUCUUGGUUAUUCCGUCAUUACUCAAGCGAUCGACCAAAUCGCGAGCAGACACUCAAAACCCACGAUAAUGUGCAAAAAGAAUUGGUAGAGGUUUCAGUUGUCGGUGACAUUUGAGGCUUGUUCUACGAGCCUCGAAGCUCCGGCGCAGUAGUUUUAAUGGCGCCUCAAAUCGACUCUUUCGUCAUUCGCCUGAGGCGCAUCUCGGGGAUGGGUAUGGCUGGCUGACGACGGCUAAUUAGCCAGAACAUGUUAUUCGGGUCUCCGUUGCCCUUGUCAGUAAAAAAUAUUCCGCCUAUAUUGCGCGCGCUGUGCGGUUGUUUUCGGGGGUCCCGAAAGAGAGCCUAUGGGGCCCAACGGGACGAAUGACUUCCGUGAAAACGACCGGUGGGCGCCCCUCUACCAUUGCGUGUACCCAACCGAUGUCUACAGCACACGAAGCCCGUGGCUCAGUUGCCAUGGCGUAGAACUUCCAACAAACAUGUCGCGUGAUCUAGACCCAGGUGUUGGACACCUCGGGGUUUGUUGUAGCUGGACGACAACGGCUAGUAAACCAGAAAUAGCCAUUCCAGUCCCCUUACCUUUAUUAGUUGUGUCAUGCUACAGUUAUAUUAUGUAUACUAUUGUCAUUGCAUAAGUGCAUUCCAAAAUAUUGAUCGCCACCACAAAAGACCACUUGACGAGCAUAUGUGUGCUUUCUGUAGAUUUAUAUGGGAACAAGGUAUAAGCAAAACUUGAGAAAGUUAAAUAAAUUCCAUCACAGUUCAUCUUUUAUUACAACUGAGUUGUGAGAAGGUUUUCUGGUUAAAAUUUCCUUAAUCUGUCCAUCAUGACCCAAUGAAGAGGCUAAAAUAUUUAAGUGCCAAUGUCAAUGAUAUCCUUUUAAUCGACACCACAGAAACCAAGACAUCUGCCUCUUAAAUGCUGUAAAUUAGACCCGUAAAUCCAUGAAGGGUACGGUGAAGGGGGAAACUGUAGGUUCCUGUCAUUCCUAAAUAUCUUCAAGGCAGAAGAGCUGACAAUAGCGUUCGAAAAAAAAACUUGGCCUGGACAAUACAUAAAACCUCUACAGUUUCAUAUCUCUUCAGCAAAAGCACAGUCUAGUCCGCGGUUGGCGCAAUACUCUGUUUGGCAGAUAGUGAGGACGGAUAUCCCGACAGAUUUAUUGUGAGAAUAUUACAGAUAGACCCGCAAAACCUAAGAAAAUGACGGCAGAACAGAAACGCUGUUUCUGAGUGUCCCUUCAUGAGGGGGAGAAGCGGAAGAACUCCUGAGAAAACGUAGGUUGAUGAAUUUUUCCAGUUGCAAGAACUUGUGUUUUAUUCUUGACAAACCACUCCAGACCAUCUAUUUCUGUGUUUACUCCUUUGCUUACUCUUGUGGAUCGGAUUAAACUCGUUGCGCUAGUAGGCGUCUAUCCAAAAGAGUACGGAAGCACUACCUGGGAGACGAGAAUAAAAGUGUAAACGGCGCUAUUCUCGCUUACCGUGUUGAUUCCAAGCAUCGUGUGGACACUUAGCGCGGACUUUCAUGUUAUUUACAAAGCUCUACUGAACUAUUUCAGGCCACGGAGUCAAAGUAUGCUAGGAGCUACAGGGAUAACUGCCAUCACGUUAUGAAACGCGCUGUUUUGCGCAUCGAAGUAGCCGGUGCAAGCUUCGCAUCUACCGUAGUCAAAGGCCGGUCAACUGCAUGCAUCUCUUUGCGCACUCCUCUCGGUCUAUCCAACUUUCACUAUCUCCUAACUCACUGUCUCCUACUCCUCACACUCCAUGUUUCUACACCCCAAUUGCAUGAACAGACGAACUGUAGUCGACUUCUCUAAUCUCUCGAAUGAUUUAUAUUAUCCCGCUCCCGUAUAAAUGCACUGGCCUAAGAUAAUUUGUCACAAACGCACGUGCGUACGCCAGCUGGUCUUCUGAAUCCUUCUAUGUGGAUCUUUGCAAAUCUACUAAGCUUCGUUUUUGUCCUAUUUUAAAAUACAUUACAUGAGACACCGUAUUAUUACAAUUGAUCGUAAUACUGCUUAGGCGUUGGUAUGUAGUGCGCUGAAAACUUUCACUCCGUGGGAAAGCGUAGAACGCUGUGACUCACACGUCCAUGUUUACCCUCUAUCUAGGCCUUUCGGUUGAGUUUGGCCGCACAUCUAUUCAUCAACAAUGAGUCUCCUCUAGCCAUGCAAUUUAUCCCACCAAUAACGUCAGCGACUUCUAAUGCACUGUCUUGUCGUUUUGCAUCGCGUCCUCAUGUUUCUGGGGAGCACAAUCUCUCUCAUCCGAAAAGUCGGCUGCCGACCGCAUUAUCCGGUCCGGCAUCUCCAAUGAGACGUCAGGGUUUGGACUCAUGCACGUCUAAAUUGCCUUUGAAAUAAUAUCCCCCAAAACAAUAAAACCAAGUCUGAAAAGUUCCUAUGUCACAUCAAAAAUAUAGGUUCCAAACACUUGAGCAUCAUGGGUCCUACUUCUUUCUCUAACAGCCACGGUUGAUUUUCUAAUGCAUGAAGUGUUAAUCGAAAUCCUGAAAUGCGUUUUCGACUCGAAACUAUUACUCAGGUAUGGUUGUUAGAUAAAAUACCGUGCAGCAUACUCUCGAGACAGUUCGGUUACUGCAGGCGUCAAUGUCAGGGUUUUUACAGUCUCUCAAAACGAUUCUAGAUGCGCGCACGAAUCCGCUGGCAAUAUGAGAUAAGUCGCAUUUUAGAACUCAGAAUUAUGAUGCAUGUCUAAAUGGUGAGUUACUCAGUCGAUGGUAGAAACGUUUUCGUAACCAUUACAGAUUUGCUGCACUCAAAAAGCUAACCCAUCACGCAAAGCUCCAUCUUACAUCAAGCUCAGUAGAAGGGAUCGGCUCCGAUAAGGUCGCAUACGCCCUGAUGGGAAAUGCUGAUUUGUACAGGUCACAUCACUCUUCGCCACGUUAUCGAAAAUAGAAAAAAGGAACUUAUUUUUAGCCCUUAGACGCUUUUCUCCUUCCAACUUUUGGCUAAAUAGCACAAGGGGUUUUCAGGAUGUGAAAUUCAACAUUGCACGAAAUAAUAUACGACACAUGUUGACACUUGAGAGGGAAAUUCUGUGGUCGCCCUUGUUAGUCACAUUUGCAAAGACGUCACAAAAAAUGAAUUUUCUAAGCCUUUCGGCAUCCCAUAGCGACAAGGGCGUGACGAGGAAUCGCUAGGAAUACAGUAGAUAUAAUAUAUCACGAAAUUGUGACUGAAAUUCUGUAAUCUUUUUUCACUUCAUAAACAGUGCAUAUGAAAGGUUAUCAUAUCAGUCGCCAUGUAAAAUGUUAUGAUAUUCCAGCAAAGUCAGAAUGCAUUCGUUCGAAUGAGCUUUUUAUCGAAGGCUUGCGAACAUUAAAUUCCCUUAAAAAAUAUCUAAUCAUCUAAUAUAAAUUUUUAUUACCGCCUUUCGGUGUCCUUUAAUUUCUACUGCAUUUCAUAUAAAACAUACACGAAAAAAUUUUCCUUUCGUUUUUUGUGAUCUUAUGUAACGUCUAAUUCAAAUUUAAUGCUUGAAGAAAGAGUAUAUUUCGGUUUAAAAAGUAUAGCUCAGUUUAAAAAAAGCUUUGAAAUUAUGAGAUGUUUAAGGUUAUGAAACCUACGGCCGUACACCAUAAUUUAAUGUCUUUUUGUCUUGUUUUAUUUGUUUUAUCUGUUUGCAAAGUGGACAUCGCGGUCCAUAUCCGUUAUGAGCCCUGUGCGACUUUUUCUUAGUAGCAUACAGAAAUAUGGGAUUUUCACUAAACGGUAAGUAUGCAGCCUGUAAUGUGGAAAUCUGGGAUGCAUAUGUAACGCCAGGUUGGGUUUAAAAGCAUUUUCAAAGUUUUCGAAGAACGAAGGUUACUCUUUCUUCAUGUUAAAAAUUUGAAAUUGCCUAAUUUGCUACCUAAAGAGCAAAAGAAAAAUAUCGUUAUGCGUACUUUCUAUAAAAUAUGGUAUUAUAUAUAAGGCAUCAAAUACCAAUGGAUAGAAUUCAAACCAUUUUUGCAGGCAUUAAUUGUGUAGCAUAAUUUACGCUAAAAGCUCAUUCAAUAGCCGGCAUUCUGGCAUGACUGGAAUAUCUCGAGCUUAUGCGACAUUAUGCCAACAUUACUUAAGUAAUCUUUUUGAACUGGAACUACUGUUCAGAAUUUAGGCCAACACUUUAUGAGAUAGCAUAUCUAUUGUAAUUUGCUUAAGCCCUUUCAGCCAGAAAAACCGCGUACGUAAUGAUAAAAAGACUGCAAUAAAACGGUAAUACUCAAAUUGUACCUGUUCAAAUUAAAGUGUUUUCGUGAUAUCCUGUAUUUCUAAAAAAUAGCGCUUUAUGCCCAUAAGGGCUGCAACUAAAGCGUAAAUUAUUGCCAUAUAAUCUCAGAAGGAUUCGUCCAAUGCAGUAAAUUUGGUAAAUAUAUGUGUCACGGUGUUCGUUUCUGUCCGAUAUUCACUUCCCUUGAAAACAAUACGUUUAAUAUUAUCGAUCCAACCACUGCAUUCUAGUAUAAGCUCAUUAUAGUUAGCUGUAUUUUUCCGUAGUGCUGAAAAUUGAUCGAUUUCUGAUGAAGUCGCCGUUGACAUCCUACGUCGUCCUAACUACAGGAAUUGAUUGAGUGAAUGAAAGGUUAAGAGGUUCAUUGCAGUGGUUUUCUAUGAAGUUCAGACGCGGUCCUUUGAUAUAAAUCCAUUUACUCAUUACUACAGCUGAUAUUGCAUGAACUAGGCAGCUUGAGCGGUUAGGUGUUUCCAGAUUUUAAAAACUUUGGAAUAACAAUUAUUAAAAGCGGGUUUCCAUAGUAAUUCAGACGCCGACUUUGAAAAAAGUGUUAUUUUACUUGAAUUGCAUAGCCAGGCGCAAUAAAAAGGGACCUUUAGUAUUUUACUUUGUUCCCGUCGAUAAUAUUUAAUAGGAAGGGAGUACGUUUGCAAGCAUGGAAAUAAAAUUUUAACUAACAUGUCAAUAAAAAAGACAAUCAGUCACUUAUUUAACAAAUGACGUAGAAUUAUAUUGUCACCCUGGAUAUUUCGCUACCCUAGAGGAAUCGUAUUUGUUACAGAGCAUGGAAAAAUAGGCUUUUUAAAAGUAAAACUCAACAUAAUAUUGUCAAGCGUCAGAUGGGUCAUGGAAAAAAAUCAGCUACCUCGCAGUUUUUUACUGAUGGUUUUAUUUCAUAAGGUUGCUUUUGGCAGAAGACUUGUUAAUAUUCGAAUGUGACAAAUUUCAGGUGACAUUUAGGGUAUUUUUCGCCAAAUAAAAUACAGAAAACGUAGUCGAAAUGGAUAAUUGAUUAUGGGGUAGAUGCAAGACACGCGCCUACGUCUUGGUGGAAUCGUAAAUGCUACAGAAAUUCCCCAGUACAUCCAAGUUAAAUUAGGACAACAUAUAUGCCCGUAGCAGGUUACUUAUCAUUCGUCUUUUGUCCCAGUGCUUUAUUCCAACAACUGAGAAUAGACGCGCGCUCUAUCAUCAAGCAGUAGUUUGCGUUAUCGCUUAAAAACUUGCUAAUCAAAACAGUAUAUUCACGUCAUACGGAAAAAUCCUCAGACACUCAACCUAACAGAUUGCUCUGCACACAGUAGGCUUGCACAUGCUAGUCCUCAUUUGAUUUUUUUGUCUUAGGAACCUUUUUUUCAUGGUGCAAUUCCGACGACCUAAAUCACCAGCUGUUUCAAUAAUGCGUUUUAGGAUAUAUUGACAUUUAAUUUGGUGGCAACGAUAGACUGUAAGACAGGAAACUAACUUGAACUAGCCUGUGAACCAUGUCAUGUGAUAAAGGGCUUUGGAGAUUUUUCGGAUGGAGCAACACAGACGACAGAGCGUACGAACACAAAGAAAACAAACACAGCUCUGCCGAAAAUCUUGUCAUAUGCCGUCAUUUAGCAAAGAAAUUGAGCAAGACAAUAAAUAAUAAGAAAAAGGAAGUUUAAAGUUAUAGCAAACUUUGAAUGCAAUGUCACUGCUAUGUUUGCAUUAUGUCAGGAAGUGAAAGACAUUUCAGGCAAUAUGAUGGUUAACAAUAAAAGGUAUUUACGGCCACAACGAAUUCUAUAAUACAGUUUUUCAGUUGCCGUCUACUUGAGAGUCUUGCACUCUAUCAUUACCCAUUUAAAAAUCUCAGCAGUACGGAAACUGAGUUCUAUUUACAUAGCGAUCAGCUUUGUAUGAGGCAACCAGUAAUUGAACCUAAUUAGGUGUUUGAAGAUCAUGAAACCUCCUGAAUCCGUUUAAAGACAAUGAAAGUAUAAAUUUGUUUCCAUGUUUCUGCGCUUUUGUCUCUUUGUUUUUAAUGACACAGAUUUUAUAAGUUACUUUGCACAAAUUAGCAACGAGAAUGUCUUCCUGGAAGUUUUCUCAGUCUCAUUCAGCAAAAGGACUACAGUUAAGUCUACUUCAAACUCCAGAAACUUUCAGCAGGAAUGCAACGUAGAACUAUAUUGAUCAAAAUGGGCAUACUAAGUGAGAGGUUUUUACCGAAAAAUACAGUAAGUUCCGGUUGGCCGUUCUUAGCUUACAUGCGUCACAACCAAAAACACGAACAAGCAUCGGAUGAGCUAAAAUUGGAUGUAUAUGAGGUAUUGCCACCAUGGUUAAAUGCGACUACUUAAUUCACGUGUGUUUUUUCUAUUUAGUCUCGGCGCUCUUAUAAAUGUAAAAAUAUUCCAUAGAAAACAUACACGAAAAUAUGGUUACUUUAUUCAUUUCAGAUCCAAAAAUAGCGGAAGCUUACAGACUUUAAGAUUCAUACAACAUAGAGUUGCAUAAAGUUCUCGGAUUUAUAAAAUAUUUCUCCUACUUUGCCUUGCGUGCCCAUAAUUGCGAGCAGAAUCGAAACAGACUUCGAUUUUUUCUAGUUUGCCAGAAAGGCGUUUGCUGCAAUAAAAACCAUCAGUUUAUACCUAAUUCUGAGUGAAUUGGGGCAGCGAGUAGCCAUUUUCGUGACUGCUGCAGUUUAACGUCUGUCAAACUGAUAGGCCACCGCAAUAAGCCCGAUCUUAAAUAGUGGAUUCUGUAGAAUGAACUACACUUUCACGAACAGUCGCCUAAGAAAAACACUUAUUACCGCAAGCCGCAGUUCUGGUUGAGGAAAAGGUUAUAUUAGUAAAUUCAAACUUAUCCUCCUCACGCAACACCGAACUCUGCCCUGUGAAGCGUUCGCGACAAACUAGGCAAAUUAAUAGCCAAUUAAUGACGUAGUUACUUUGAGCUAGACGCAUUAUCAUAUGCAUUAGGCUUUCAGACGAAAGCGUACAAAUCAUAUGUAUGUUGCCACCGCUGAUAGAGUAAAUUGGCUAAUUCGUGAAAUGCCAGCAGAAAUUCUAAAGUUUAUUUUCUUUUUGCAAAGAUUAAUUAAGUAGGGUUGUAAAACUAAUGACUAUGCAGCAUAAUUCUAUAAUAAUUCAGUUACCUCAGGAUACCGGCUUUCAAGUGAAUUUCUUUACGGCUGCAUGUAAACACUAGACUCUUCAGCAGCUGAAUACUUACGUAGCAUACACUCUUCUCAUUGAUUUUGGAUGCCCUCAAAAAUUCAUUUAUAUUUUAUGCAAAGUAUGCCUAAAACUAUUUAUUCUCUUCCUAUUUUGGUAGCAACUGACGUCAUCUUUCAAGUGUAUACCCGAAGAAAUGGUUUAUUUCGGUUUCACAAGUUUCUAAUUGUGAGGGUUUUAAUACCGUAGAGAAAAGAUUGCUUUUUCUUACGCAGAUAUAUACGCCUUGUAGUUUCGAAACCCUGGAUGCAAGUGUAACUGCAGGUCGUGGUAAAAAUUGUUCAAACGUUGGAUACAUUUUUUAAAAACCAAAGUACAACACUUCUUCUAGGAUAAAAUGGGAAGACGACAUCAUUUUCUACCGCAUGAGCAAGAGGACAAAUACUUUCAUGCAUAUUUUCCAUGAAAUAAAAAAUAAAAAAAAAAUAAUAAUAAAAAAACAAUAAUAAAUAAAUAAAAUUGGAUUUAUAAGGGAUUUGAAAAUUAAUGAGGAAAAGUAUUUUACGUAAGCAGUCAUUUGUUGCAGAGUCUGCUUUGGCUUGCAGCUGAAAAGGUAUUCAUUGGAAAGCCGGCAUCCUGAAGUAACUGAAUUAUUAUAGAAUUAUGCUGCAUAGUCAUUAGUUUUACAACCCUCCUUAAUUAAUCUUUUCGAAACGAAAACGGGUUUUGGAAUUUCGGUUUACAUUUCAUAAGUUAGCCCAGCUACUGUAAAUGUCAGGUUCCCAAUUUGUACCGUCUGGAGAAGGGAGACACGAACCCCCUUGCAAGUGUUUUAUUUGUCUGCUGUUUUGGAUUCACAAUCAAAUCCAUCAACCUAGGCUGAAUUCAAUAAGGGACAGUAGCAUUUCCGGACACAUUGAACGCCUCCCCCUUUAGUAAGGGGUUAAACGCAUAUUAUCUGUCACUCUUUCGAAAAACGGGCAUUGCGAAGAAAAACCUUAGGUCACACUUACUCCUCCAGCUUUCAUUUAAAUGGUGAUUGCAUGUUCCUGAUCUUUCGCGCUCAUUUGGAAUUUGUUUCCUCCUAGACACCAAGUGGGUACUCUGCGCCUAUUCCACUUUGGACGAAUACUCGAUCUGCAGCGACACAAACUGUCUGAUGGCGAACUGCUGACUAGCCACUGUCCGAGUGAGCACUUAUGACCCAUACGGUACACAUAAUCCCUAGACAUUUUACGCUAAAAAUUUCUGCAUGUCUAUAUUUGGCAUGGGCGGGAUCGUGUGUUGCACGCGGUGUUUCACUUUCUAGUCGCCACACCGAUGCCCAUCUCAGGUCAUCUUAACAGUUAUUUCCAUCGCAGUCAAUUAGGCGAGGGUGGAGGCAGAAAUGAGGAGACUGCUCGGGUCUGCCUCCACUACAAAAUCAUUCACGCUCAAGUUCUGUGGCACACGACCUGUACACGUCGUUUGCGAAGAUCAUAUAUUCUGAUCUUAAGUAGUCAUCAGGCUUAUGAUUGGCCGAAUGUAGGUCGAACAGUCCAGAAGCAGUGCUUUAUGGAUCCACCCACUUCUCUGUCCAUCCGCUGCCUACAACAGUUGGUACAUAAUCUUGAAGGAGAAACUUGAACAGUCAACUCACCAUGUCAGAAUUAGUGGCUUCCAUACGUUGCAGUAAGCUGGGUGAGUGCCUUCACCAAAACGUUAGCACCUACAGUGAGUGACCGAUCUCAUGAAAUGUUGGCUGAAAUUCUGAAAUGCGUUUUCGAUUAGGAAGGAUUACUUGGUCGCGGUUGUAAUACUGAUUAUCUUGUGGCAUACUCUUAUAACAUUUCGGACUCGGCAGGACGGCGGCUUUUAAAUGCAAUUCUAUUUAAUCUCCUGUAAAAAGCGUGCUCGAUAAAAAAGGACUACUUAUGUUGCAUGCAUAUUUCCUACUGAUUGUGGAUGAUCUUGUAAAUUCAAAUAUAUUUUAUAGAGAUCAUAAACAAAAAUAUGCUUUCUUUGAUUCAAUCAAUAGAGAUUCACGUCUUCUUUAUAUUUUAUACUUAAGGAAGGAGUAUAAUUAGGUUUUAAAAACGUUUCUUAUUAUGAGACCGCGACAUGUCCAUUCACAUAUCAUCGUACCUGGCCGUUUGCCACUGCUACUCAUGAAAUUCACAACCUGGUCUGCAUACACUGCAAAAUGUUAUCGACUGUGUAUGACAUCUCUUUAAUGGCACAGAAAAAUAUGUCAUUUUCAUACGGGAACGCGUGCACAUUGUAGAUUGAAAUUACUAAGCGCUAAUGCAAUGAAUUAUCAGGCUUAAAAUUAUUCGGCAACUAUAAAACUUUUUUAAAACUUCAUUAUACUCCUUCUUUAAAUAUAACAUAUACAACAGAUGUGAUUCUCUAUUGACUGAUUAAAAGAAAGCCUAUUUUUGUUUAUGGUUUCUAUAAAAUAUAUUUUAAUUUGCAAGACCAUCGAAAACAGUAGGAAAAAUGCAUGCUACUUAAGUAGUCCUUUUUUACCGAGCACGCUUUCUAUAGGAGAUUUAAACGAAAUGCAUUUAAAAGCCGACAUUCUGCCAAGUCCGCAGUGUUAUAAGAGUAUGCCGCAAGACAAUCAGUAUAAUAACCGCGACCAAGUGAUCUUUCCUAAUUGAAGACGCAUUUCAGAACUUCUGCCAACGUUUCAUGAGGUCGGUCACUCACUGUAUAGUUUCUAGUCGGUUAAGAUUCCUUCGGGUAGAUAUGUCCUUUCCUCUAUGAUUCCACGAGUUUGAUGUUUCAUUUGGUCGAAGCAGCCAAAAGAACAGAGGAUUUAACGACCACAGUUUUGUCAAAAUGUUCUGAUAUUACAUUUCUUCCAACAUAAGACUUGUUUGUGAUCUGCGCACUGAUCCAAGCCGUCUUGUGCGAACGAAUUGAAAGACACCGACGGUAUAUCCGCUUUCCAAAAAAUGCUCAAAGGUUUGUUCUUCCCAAGACUGUAACAGAAUUAAUUCUGAAAUAGGCAUAAGGAGGUAUCACUGCUGCAUUCCUUCACACGAGCGGGCCAGUUUGGUCAAUAUAAUUACCACAUGAUAUCAUUCACGCUCAAGUCUUAGGUGCUGUGGCACACGAUCUGUAAACGUUGUUUUCGACAAUCAUAUGUUCUGAUCUUAAGUAGUCGUCACGCUUAUGAUUGGCCAAAUGUAGGUCGAACAGUCCAGAAGCAGUGCUUUAUGGAUCCACCCACUUCUCUGUCCAUUCACUGCCUACUGCGGUUGGUACAUAAUCUUGAAGGAGAAACCUAAUUAUACUCCUUCAUAAAGUAUGAAAUAUACAAAACAUGUGAUUCUCUAUUGAUUGAUUAACAGAUAGCAUAUUUUUGCUUAUGGUUUCUAUAAAAUAUAUUUUAAUUUGCAAGACCAUCAAAAAUCUGCAGGAAAAAUGCAUGCUACUUAAGUAGUCCUUUUUUACCGAGCACGCUUUCUACAGGAGAUUAAAAAGAAGUGCAUUUAAAAGCCGACAUCCUGCUUAUUCGAAAUAUGACAAUGUCGCAAAAUAAUCAAUAUUUCAACCGCGACCAAAUUAUCCUUCCUAAUCGAAAACCCAUUUCAAAAUUUCAGCUAACAUUUCUUGAGAUCGGUCACUCACUGUAGUAGCUCAGGCGGUAAAGGCACUGGCUGCACUCUAGCCUUGCCCACGUUCCCUCGGAUUUAAGUCUCACAACGGCCGUGGAAAUUUGCGAAAAUUAUUUAAAUGGAUUACCAAAGACUCCGAAAACCGCUAUUAAAUGUAGUUGUCAGAUAGAUUUGUUCACGUCGAACGCAGGUAGCUAUAAAUUGCUAUAAGUAUUGAUCCUAUAAUCUCGCAUAGAAUAACUUAUUUUUCAUUUUAAGAAGAAUAUCUGUUCGUCACUUCAUACACAUGGCCACAAGUGCGAGAAAGAGCUAUGCCAACUCUUCUUCUUUUCCACAUUUUCGGGAUCAAUCCUCGCUGCGCACUUGAUAAGAUAUGCAAAUAGGGGAAAUUGCGCAUAUUUAAGGAAAAGGACAUUGGCUUAGCAGUUACAGCAACAUUUUGUGGCUCAUUUUGUGUGCCUUGGGCAACGGAAGAGAAGUUUUCGUGAACUUCGCUAUUGCACGUCACCGAAAUUAAUAAACCACCACAUCAAAUAUAACAUAAAGUAGUGCACACUGUAGACUCAUUUAGGAUAUCUGCGGACACUCAUUGAAAAUAAAGUAUUUGUCUGUUCAACUUAUAUGUCACUCUAUACUAGGACACGUUACCUAUGUCGGACACACCAUUCUCAGGCUAACGGUACGUUUCCACAAUGGGCAAUAAAUCUUCUUAAAGUUAAGCCCACUAUAUCGUUUGCGUGUAUCUCCGGCAAGCAGUUGACCCGUCGGGAUGCCGCGAUUAUUACUGAUGUAUGCCGCGUAUCGCAUAUGCACCUGCACGAGAGCUGAACGUAUUGAUUGCAAGGAUAUUGUAUGCAACGCUCUUGGGGGGAGAGUAAUUAGCCCUAUUCCUAAAACCAUCCAAGGGGAGUGCUGUAAAUGGGAAAUCGCCAAUCUUAAGUCAAGCCUUAAAAAUCUAAACCCACAUUACAGCUCAAGCCCGGCAACAUAGUCCCAAAAAAUCCAACUAAUUAAUUCUAACUCCUACCCAAAUCCUGGCCUUGAGCUCAAAACGGACAGCUUUAAUAUACAGUAUGUAGGCUAACUCAUAAAAUGUCAACCGAAAUUCCGAAAUGCGUUUUCGUUUCGAAAAAAUUAACUAAUUUGGGUUGCAAAAUUAGUCAACCUGCAAUCUUACUCCAUUUUUCACUUACUUUCGAUGUCCCUAAAAGUCUAAUUAUUUCUAGUGGAAAACAUGCAGGAAAAUAAUUAGUCUUUUGCUCAUUUGAUAGAUAAUUACGUUUUCUUCUAAUUUUAUACUCGAAGGAGGGACAUAAUUCGGCUUUAAAAAGUUUCCAAAUGUCAGACUUUUAAAUACCGUUUAAUAACCGUUCACAAAUUGUCCCGUCUCUGCAUUUACCAAUGUGGCUUUCAAAGUGAGCAAGGUGGAUCAAAUCGACUGCGAAAUUGUAUGAACCCUAUAUAGUCCCCCUUUAUUGCCGUGGUUUUUUGUACGCGGAAUGCAAGUGUAACGGUAGAGCAGGUUCAAACUUAUUCGGGGAUUAGAAAAGUUUUGGAAAACCGAAUUUUACCCUUCCUUCGAGUAUAUGAUUCGCAGAAGGCGUAAUUGUCUAUCAAAUCAGCGAAAGAAUAUAUAUGUUUAUGCAUGUUUUCCAGGAAAUAUAACUGGGCUUCUAGGGGCAUCGAAAAUCAAUGAGAACAAUUCAUGCUAAUUGGGCAGUUCUUUUUUACAGAGUGUAGUUUUGCAUUCAGUCGGAAGGAAAUAUUAUGGAAUCAUAUUGCAGGCUGGCGAAUUUGUAACACUACUUAAUUAAUCUUUUCCAACCGAAAGCAAAUUUCGGAAUUUCGGUCGACAUUUCAUGAGUUAGCCCACCUGCUAAAGAUACCGCUAUCGGAGAGUAAAAUUCGCUUUCUGCACAGGUACUAUCGCAACCUACUGUCUGCCAAAUUUUAUAAAGCUUACCUAGAUGAGUAGGAUAAGAAGGUAGGCUUUUGAGCAACCAUCAAUGGACGUCAUAUACCCUACCCUUUCCGAUGGAAGGGGCUACUAUGCGUUGCCGUCCACAUUGGUCAGGCCAGAUUGCCCUACACCAGCAUUCAGCAUAGAGAUGUGGUUACAGAAAUGCAUUGUUUACGAUAUUUCAUUCCGUUGGAAGGUAAUUAACUAUCCGUAAACCAUUCAGGAACUCCUAGCUUCGAGAAGUGAUUGGAUCGGUGUGCGUCUAUGUCCAGUCUCUAGCUAUAGUGAACUGACAUACUUUGGCCUGAUGUAAGGCUUAUAUAUACCAAGCCGUGUGUGCGCGCAUGCAUGUUUCAGGUCCUAAAUGGCAGCAAUGGUUGACUGGACCAGUGAAAGUAGGAUAAAUCCAAAAUAGUUCUGUAUAGACUCACUGCCAUCCUCUGUCCUUUACUAUCAUUGCUUGCUUAAGUUCGGUCUGCAAGGUGGUUGUCUGUUCGUGACCCCCGGCGGCCAUUCGGAGUCUCUGUACUUCAAGAAGCCAACGGCCUAUCUAUGCUUUCCCUUCUGUGAACGAAUACUCGAUCAACAGCGGCUAAAAAUGUCACCAGGCGAGGUGCUCUAUUCAAGAGGGCGCACCUGGCAGACCUAAUAUAUAGUAUGUACAAGCUGCGUGUGGAUUUGAGCCCUUUAUAUGCUUUUCAUUGCCCUCAAACGGGCCACAAGAUAGGUGCUUCCGGCGAACACGGGGGUCAUAUAGGGUUCUAGAAGGUGUUACCGGAACGCGCACCAUAAAAAAUAACAACAUUUGGGGUGUGAUGACUGGUCCAGUUACGGGCUCACGUCGCGUCAGCUGAUACCCCCACCGUCCCUAAUAGUUGCGACUGGUUAGAAUUCUGGUCACGUUUUUAUAGUGUACCAGGGAUUGUGGUAGUACGCCCAGGGACAAGUCCAGCCGCACCAGCCUUGAUCUUCUUUAUUAUGUUUUUACGCCGAUCGCAGAUGAUGGAGGAAUAGAAAGUGUGGUAGAUACAGUACAAAUCCACUACUAGUAUAUACUAAAUCACCCACAGAUCACCGUGCCUGCUGACACCCUUCUGUGGAGCACACGGUACACAUCGUCCGUCUCCACGGUCAAACUGUGAUUUGAGUUUCUAGAUAGAAAACGGUGUAACGAUUUUGAUCGGUUGACCGAAGCCAUACUAAGCCAAAAACAGUGAUGUAUCGAUCUGUUUCAUAUCGAUCGAUACGCUCCCUACUGUUAUUGGUGUUUUUUUUUCAAACAAACGUGUCCUUUAAGGACCAGUGAGAAGGCAGAAAAAAGACAAACAUUUAGACCACUGAAGGUCGUACUUUUAAAUUCGCAAGUACAACUAUUUUCUAAGAGGCGUCUGACUAGCGUACUACCUAGACUGCUGACGGAUACCAACUUAGCCCCCAACGCACUUUAGAAAGGUUAACUCGUCUGACACUGAGGUCUUAUCCACCUGUGUCCCAGAAGUGUCUAUCUCUCGAUUUAUUCAAAUAAGAUUACAUCACCGGCGACCAAGGUGGUGUUAAAUUUGUUACAAAUAAAUAUAAAUACAAAGAAGUACUGCAUCUUGACCAAAAGUACGUAGCAGAACCAAUUUGGCUACCAACAAUUCGACCAAGGAAUCUUAGUCUACCCUGGAAAGAGAUGUGUCCGCUAAGUCUGCGAUAAGUCGGCCUUGCCCUCUAUUUCCUUACCCAUGCUAUUCUAUUCGCAGGCCCAAAGCAACCCAACUACGGCAACUUCUGUAUUAGACGCGUAUGCAGCACGCCUAUGUAGCCCUCGUUCAUGUUCAGCGCUGGCUUAUUUAGAGACUUCUUCAACCAGCUCACUUACGAUAUUGUUGCUUUUCAAUUUCCUCAGAGAUUAACUGCCAACUAGGUCUGUUAGCUAAGGUCUAUAGGCGUAGACCGAAAUUUGAUAUGUGAAUGCUUGAAACAAAGCCCAUCAGUCCGAGAGGAGUCAAUGCGUAUUACUCAUUAACUGUUGACAGGCAGCUAGUAACAUAUGUUGGGCUGCAGAAAACUGGACUAACAGGACAGGUACUAGCUAAACUCUGUGACACGCGUGUUUCACCGAUAUUCUGCCGCUGCAUGGCGCAGUUGCGAGGGGUCUGACUCACCACUGGGCCCCUAGCAUUCCUUGUGUGCUUUCUGGUAGAUACUUCAGUUUAAAAUUUAUCACCUUUAGACUUUUCCAGAAAUUUACUGCUAAAUCUGAGUAGGUCAGUUUAAACUAAAGUCUAUAGGGGUAAACCAAAAAUUUAGCAUAUGAAUACCCGGUUAUCUCGCUGUGGCUUAAAUUUUCAUACAUCCAAUUUCGGUCUACGCACACAGCCCUUAGUUCAAAAUGAUGUACUCCAAGUUGGCAGUUGAUUUCUGAGGAAAUUUAAGUGCAACAAUUUCUAAACUGCAGUGUCUACCAGAACACACAUAGAGAAUGCUUGAGGAUCUGAUGUUAAAUCGACUUUUUGCAAAUGCGCCUCGCAGCGACAGAAUAUCAAUGAGGUAACAAUCGGGAGAUGGCACCCAAAAAAUCCGCCUAACCAAAGCAGCCUGUCUUACGGAACAGGUGUUAAAAGGGGUUUUAUGGGUGGUGGCUGGUCGGGAUGUACGGUACUAGCCGACGGAAAGCUUUAUUUGAAAUGGUGAAUGAUCGAAAUGGGCCCGCUCUCCCUUCCGUUAUUAAAAAAUGGGUCGCCAAAGACAGCAUAGUGGUAACGAACGAGUGGGAGGCGUAAAAUUGUCUACAUUUCUCCGUUAACCACUCAAAGAACUUCAAAGACCAUAUCACCGGACGGCACACCAAUGCCAUUUAGGCAUACUGGAGUAGAUUGAAAAGGAAACUCCACAAGGGAAGCCCUAUAUGUGGUCGAGCUGUGUGGGCUCACACAGACGAAGUACAGAUUUAUCUUUGGUUUGGCCUCAAUGCCAUGUCUUUUACAGAUUCCUGGGAACCGUUCCUGUCCCAUGUUGUGAGGACUUAUAUAAGUAUUUUUGUUUUGUAUUAAACUGCCAUAAUGCGAAUGUAUGCCGUAUAUUCAGGUGUACGUGUGUAACGAUGGGUAAGGUUGGGUAACAGCGACCAUCGUCCAGGUUACUUCGUGCGAUGUUCGUUCGGCUAGCCUAUGUUAGGCGGUCGAGGAAAGUCAAAGUAGUGCGUGAAAGUAGGCCUGCAACCGCUGAUAUAGCCUGAAGGCGUUUGAGUUCACUGUUAAAGGUAUUAUUUCUAGGUAACGGAUAUUUUGGGUGCCAUCUCCCGAUUGUUACCAUCGGUGAAACACGUGUCUGGGCCUUCACCUUGUUACUGUGCUGUUAGUCUGGUAUUUUGCAACACAACACACUCGAGAAAUUUUAGCACUUACAGACAAAGAGGUCAACCAUCGUCAAUGAAAUGGGCCCAGUUGUAAACAACGUAUGAGUUUAUUAAUCUUAGGGCUCGAUUUCCCUUUGGUUUACGCGCUUUUUGAUAACAGGCCGAAAUCAAGACGACUAAAGAUGGGAGUGAUCGAAAUAAUUGACAAGCAAAACAGCCUGUCACGGCCAGAACGAACGACUUGAUUUCCACUGAAUAUGUAGCAGGCCACAGUAAAGGAGGUCCAGAUCUCACUUUAAAAAGGCAUCAAAGUCAUGAAAGUCAGCGCGUUGCGACCGGUUCAGACGUCUGCGUUUUUCGACUCUAAGGAAUGCAUUUGGUUGGCAUGGUUAAGUGAAGUAUGCUUGUUUUGAAACCGACAGAUUAAAUGCACGAAAGGUUUGAAGCAUUGUUUAACGUCUUACAUCAUGAACGUCCUGAGCGGAGAAAUUAUCGGAUGCAUGCGUUGUUAUCGGAACCCUUCGCUUGCAAAUACUCAUUUGAAGCUCUAGCAUUAGAAAUGAACACUGGUCCGCUUUGUAAGCAUAAUUUGGCUGCCGAUUCGCUGCUCAGUCUAAUGAUGAUUCCCGCUUCUAUUAUAUGUCAAUUUUUACUCAAGCAUUCUCUACUUUAGGAAAUUAAUUGCCGCUCCCAUACUCCCAUUUUUGCUAACAUCCAUUUAGUUCGGCAGUUGUUCUUUUUUCAACAAGUGCUUUAUGGUGCGGAUUGCCCUUUUUCUUUGAAUGACCGAAGAAAGGGUUUAAUCGAAAUAAUUGGGAAAAUUGCUUUCUCACUAAAAAAAAACCUCUUCUUUGAAGCCUGUGGCUAAUUUAUAAGUCGAAAAAUAUAAAGUCUACCGCUUGACUGCAGCGAAAGCUCUCUCUAGCGGACUCUGCUAUUUUUAUUAACAUCUAGCUGGGAAAGAAUUUCAGCGCUAGAGUAUCACCCGCCUAGUUUAAAGUCCAGACCGGAGAGGUUUUUAAGGAGUACAGCAGUCUACUCCCGUCCCUAAAUGUUAUCUGCAAAAAUAAGGUUUUAUUGGUACAAAAAUACAAAUGCUGGAUCAUUUAAGCUGUCAUUUUAUAUCUUCUCCACACCCGCAUGUUCUGUCGAAGUUCGUGGGUAAAAAAUUUAGCCCAUCUCUGCUGCUCGACAGUAUCUAGUGGUCCUUAAUUAUUCUAAACCACUACAGCCAAGUUACCCGGUUCAUAUCUAUCCAGAAACUCAGUAGUCAGUAGUAUAGUCUGUGGCUCUUUAGCACAUACGGUGCUUUUUCAAGGCAGUCACCUUCUGCAGACAGAAAAGUGAAUUUGCCUGGGACCUUCCCAAACUCCAUAGCCCUUAGCUUCUUCCCGAGCCUUUUGUCUUAUUAUGAAACGCUAGCAGAUGAAAAGCACGGCCUUUCAAGAUGUGAAAUUUAACACUGCGCUAAUUACUACGUGAGCGCAUUCUGCCAUUUGAGGGGCACCAGUCAGGCCAUUUAUGUCAGCCACAUUCGAAUAGACGCCACUGCCUGGACGAUGUUUUUUCUGCAAUAAUAUUUAGAAUUUACGUUUGGAGAAGUGAAAACGCAAGAGACAUGUAAUAAGUCAGGAAAAGAAGAGAAAGAACUGAAUAUGCAUUUUGCUGGUGUUUGAGAUCGUUUCUGCGUUCAUUAUGAAACACGAAGACAUGUCAGUUCUGUCGCGAUAUUCAAGUCCAUAUAUUAGAAAAUCUCCUUUGUAAGUGUUUGCAUCCCAUUCGAUGCGCAGGCCGUUAAAAUAGUCGAGUUAAUGAAAUUACAUCUUUUCGUCGCAAGCCUCAUUCCACUUCCUGUUUUUUUCUGCAAGCCCGAGUAAGUAGGCCUCGAAAUGCUAAGUCUCCUGCUGAUCACAUAAUUACUAAAUGUGACCGCCUGAGCUGACGAAUGAGCCUGUAUUUCACUUCUCACUCCGCAACGAGGCCUUGUCUAAUAAAUCUCUGUCCUGUUCGUUUUGGAGGUGAAUGCCUUAAUCCUGAUAAGCAGAUGGAAAUUCAACAUAACCGGGACAUAAUUUCACAUCCGGCUGUCAAGCCUCCUACGGCUUAUGAGCACUUUGAUGUCGCCCAUACAAAUGGUCCGUAAUCCGGAUAGGUCAAGGUUGUGUAUGCAAUUCUCCGCGCCUAAAGGUUUGUGAACGUCUACUAUGCCAUUAUUCAGCAAAUCCUGGCUCUCGCAGCUUGGUAUGCGCAGUUGAUUUCUUGGCACCUGGUUGCCUGCCGGUAAAUAAGCUUGCGGUCCUGUUGAGAAUACACGUCUUGACCAUAGCUGUGUACUCAUCCUCGUCUUUCUGACCCGUUUUAAUUUUGUUUUCGGUUUAAAUCCUGGUCAAGAUUGUCAUGGAUAGGAGAGUGUGGUGGCACGCCUAGGUGAGGUUCCGGCUGUGCCAACCACCUGCGUCUGGUCUUUUUAAAUCUAUCUUGCUUAAGUGGGGAGAAGGAGCGUGUGCGGUAUGUAUUGCGCAAUUAUACUCCCCGUGCCUGCUGUCACCCUGCCGUGGCGAACAGGGUGAUUGUCUUCGAAAGGGACAGUGGAACUGUCGUCUUUCUCCUGCCUGACAAGUAAUCAUGGAAGACUGAUUAUAGCCUUAAAAAAGAAGACACGAUCGCCGGGACAAGAGCUUUAUUAGCCUGACGUUUCGGAUUCCUGCUCGAAUCCAUCAUCAGACUGCUUCCUGGGACUCGUAUCUUUGCUUUUAUUAGCACAGUUUAUAGCCGCUUAUUGUCAUUCUGGGCUUUGCAACCGGUCCAUUUACUGUGGCGUAGAGGGGCAACGUCUGCCUCCAAUAAAAUAAUGGACGACGAACUAUUUACAGUAGAUGUGCUAACUCAUGAAAUGUCAACCAAAAUUUCGAAAUGCGUUCGCGUUUUGAAAAGAUAAAUUAAGUAGUGUUGUAAAACUAAUCAUGAUGCAGCAUAUACCUAUAAUUAUCCAGUUAACUCAGGGUGUCGGCUUUCGAAUGAACUUAUUUUUGGCUGCAUGCAAAAAAAUAACUACUUAUGUAGUAUGCAAUUUUCUCAUUGAUUUUCGAUGCCCUUCAAAAUUCAACUAUAUUUCAUGGAAAACGUGCAUAAAAAUAUUUAUUCUUUUACUUAUUCGGUAGGCAAUCACGUCUUCUUCCAAAUAAAUACUGAAAAGAAGAGUAUAAUUCGGUUUUAAAAACGUUUUUAAUUUUCGGAGUUUUAAUACCGUUAAAUGGCCGUUCAUGGAACAUCAUGUUUCAGCAUUUACGAAUGUGGCUUGUAAAGUUAACAAUAUUGCUCAAAUCCACUGCUUUAUUUUAUGAACCUCAUAUGGUCUCCUCUUAACACCGUAGAGAAAUGCAUGGUUUUCAGUACACGGAAAAUACACAGCUUGUAGUUUCGAAACCCUGAAUGCAAGUGUAACAGCAGGUCGGGUUCAAAAUUAUUCAGGAAUUAGAAAAGUCUUCUUAAACCGAAUUAUACUCUUCUUUUCAGUAUGGAACUAGAAGACGUGAUUUUGUGCCGAAUAAGUAAAAGAAUGAAUAUUUUUACGCAUGGCUUCCAUGAAAUAUAAUUGAAUUUUCAAGGGCAUCGAUAAUCAAUAAGAAAAUUGCAUACUAUUUACGUAGUCAUUUUUGCAGAGUAUAGAUCUUGCAUGCAGCCGAAAGUAAGUUGUUUCGAAAGCCGACACCCUAAGGUAGCUGGAUCAUUAUAGAUUUAUGCUGCAUCAUAAUGAGUUUUACAACACUACUUAAUUUAUCUUUUCGAAACGAGAACGCAUUUCGUAAUUUUGGUUGACAUUUCAUGAGUUAGCACAUCUACUGUACUUCUAUCGAGCUGACAUUGACUUUGCAUGUACUGGCAGCUGAUUGCAACGGCUAGUUAAAGGGCAGUGACAACUUCUCAGCCAAACCCGGUGUGCACCGUUACGUCAUGGGGGAUUGUGAUUCUUGGUAAGUUAUGCAUGAGUUAGGUACAAAGCCGCUGGUGCUGAUAUUGCUAAUGGACUUAUCAUCAUUCAUGCGAAGGGUUCUCCCUGCGUUAACUUGAGGUGUGUGCAGUACGUGUUUGUUGUGGCAUAAACUGUUUGACAAUUUCACCUGUAGAUUGCUAGUUACCCACAAUCCAGGAUGAAACUUUGCUUAACGCUCACAGAUUUUUAAAAUAUAGCCAUAUGUAUGUCAUCGUAAGGCAAUUAGUUGUUUUCUGUUUUUUGAAUUGUAAAGAUUUCAUCAUUCAAAUGGAGUUAAAGGCCGACUUUGUUUCAACAAUCUUCCUUAACACCGAAGCUCUUUUCCCCCCUUGCUUAUGCAUUUAUAUAUGUAAAAUUACGUUACCGACAAAGAAAAGGGAGACUGAAAUGGACAUCGCUGGUUUAUUAGCCGUCGUCUGCCAGUUAUACCCAAACCUUAAGUAUGGAAAGUCUGGGGCUCCAUCACGCAACCUGUUGAUUAGAAGUUCAAUGUAUCUCACCACUGAACCACUGUCCUGUUGUUUGCGAUCUAGAAUAUACAGUGACAGAGGGGCCUUUACCGUUCCUUUUACGAAAGUCACCCGUCCCGUUGUGUCAUAGGGCUCUCUCUCGAGCCCAACCAAAGUCGAAUUCCAUAAUAGAAAACUCGUGUAAUUUUUCUUACAGUAUAUUGUUUGCUUGGGAAAGAUUUUCCGCAAACAACGUAAGGUUUGAUAAUUGCAAUCGUCAAGACUUCGUCGAAAACGGCUCUAAGAGAAUUUGUCAGGAGGUUUGCACUAUCACAUACGCACUUACUCAGACAUGGGUUUGCGCAUCCUGAAUACGGUUCCUGUUUUAGUACCUAAGAACACUCAAAUACAUGCAGUAAACGACUUAGCUGGUGAAAUGUGCUAAAAUAUAAAAAACGUUUUUACGCACAGAAAAAGCUGUCUCAAGCGCAUCGGUCAAACUCAGCAAUUAAUAAUGAACGGAAUAAUGUAAAAUGAGAUCAUAAGCAAGAACAUUAGGAGGAAGGGCUUCUUCUAAAACUAGAAGAAAUAUUGAAAUCAAAAAACGAUGCCAUAUUAUUCAACUUAAAUCUCCAAAAUGCAGUAAGCUUGUCCAUAUAAAUAAGUGAUUAAAUCAAAUUGAGCAGGAAGUAGAGCGUUCGAAAGACCGACAGUGCCGUUCGGACUAAAAUUUUCCCCAUUGGUACGAUAUCGGGUCCAACUCACGGAAUGUUAACCGAAAAUCGGAAACGUCUUUUUCAUUAGACAGGAUUUCUUUGCGGAGGAUGUAAUGCCGAUAAUCACCGUGAAGCUUAAGACAAAAUCGUUUGAACGAGGGCUUUUUUCGCCCGACGUUUUGGCUCCCCACUCGAACCCAUCACCAGAGACAAUACCAGAUACGGUUGGUUCAUGCACAAGACUCUGCAGCAUUUUUAAUGUGCAGUCGCCAUGCCACCACAUACCUAUACAAAUUGAUUGCUCCCCCUCCCCCUAAAUCAGGGAUUGUUACACACGGAGUAAUAGCUGUUCGAUGACGAAAAUUUGAGUCGUUAAUGGCUGCAAUUUCAUCAUGGGUGCUGGAUACUCGACAAUCUGAUCCACCGACUCUGGCGUUGGCUAGAGUGAUUGCCUGUCCUCUGCCCAGACCAAUUCACAGUACCGAAUAUGGAAGGGAACGGUCGAUGCACUAGUUACUAAAAGAGCGACCAGUAAACCAUUACUGACGCAGAUCGCGGUUCACGCGAUUGUCACAUUUAGCGAAAAUUUCGGCCUCGUCGAAUUUGAAUGUCUAGCCGUAUCUCGAUGAAUGAGCCGAAACUUAAGAGCAGGUGUCAUUUUUCCGCACCGCUGCAGCCGGGUUCGGCUAUUCGUGUCCGGCAUUUUCUGCCGGAUUCCCCAAUUAAGGUACUUUGUACGCAACUGACCCAGAUCCGAUAAACAACUUCAGGCGUUUUUUCUGUGGCAGUGGAACUUUAGGGCUUCAUUAUCAGACGCCAGAUGGUUGCCUCCGGUCUGUGGGCAAUGUCAGCCCGAAGUGGUGUGAAUAGGCGUUAGACCGAUUCCGAAACGUUCUUUACAUACGGAACCUCUCGCUUAAAUUUUGGGGUCCGUGCGGUUUGGUCUUUUGUCAUUUUUGCGUAUGUACUGGAACGUCAAGCUGCGUAAUCAGAUGUUAUUUCAGUUUCGCCAGAAGGCCGAAUUCAGAAUGGGGUACUUUUAAUCUGGCAACGAAAACCGCAUCUAAUAAAAAAGUUACAUACUGUGGGGUUUGCCACUGACUUUUGUUGCCCUUAUAGACCCUAUUAUAUUCUAUAGUUAACGUGCUAAAUACGUUUUAUAUCAAAAUCCCUUUUCGGCAACCUAUGUUCUCAUCAAACGGGUUUUUUUAAAAACACGCUUUGACAGGUCUAAAAAUGAUUGUAGUAUUUUAUUUAGUAUACCACGAAAUGUCUGUAAUGGGCCAUCUCACUCGUAUUGUUAUUCAGAUCGACCAAGUCCCGAUUUAGAGAAAUUGCUAUGUGGUUUUAGGAGAGAGUAGAAUUCGCCGAGUAUUAGAAUGCCCCUGGAAUAUUACUGGGUGCUCUACAGUAUUCUGUGUUCUCAGCCGACUACCCAGAAGGGUAUCGACUGUAGCUUUUAUCUACCAUGACGACCGAGAUAAAAUAUUUCUUGGAAAUAUUUAUUAAAUUACUGAGUUUGGGGCGUUUUGCGCGGAUGACUGCUAAGUCGUGUUUUUAAAUUCUUCCAUCAAGAAACCUAAUGCAUACAAAAAUAAAUGUAGCCAACGAAGAUUUAUGAAAAAUGUGAUCUCUUACAAUGCAACAAAUACGUAAACAGUAUGACUCUCUAAAACGUAUAUUGUUGGAAUACUUUCUUGAAGCAUUCGCAUGUAAUUCACAUUUUCAAAGGAGACGUUGAGAAUAAAUUAUACUAUUUUAUCGGUUAAUUCUCCGCCUUUAUAAUAAUCAUAAGUUUUCCGCUGCUGGCGUGGGAGAUUUUUUUCCCCUUGUAUUGGCGUCGUUUUCUUCAUUUUGUCUGCUUGUUGCUCAAUCUACAAUAAAAAUAGACAGAAAGGCAAUCUUUAAAGUGACAUAUUGUUUGACAUGAUGAUUCUCUGUUUGACCCGCUUAUGAUCCAUGCAGUAGCAGGAACUAGGCAAAUAGGAGUAUCUUUCCAUGUGCUCUAGAGUUAAAAAAGUUAGUAUUGACUAUUACGAUAUAUUUGUGAAAAUCGAGAAAAUAGUUUUGCAUUAAAGCGCGGGCUUGUCUUAAUUUUUAUGUUCUUUUAUAGACCAAGGAAUGGUACAAAAAUCCCAAUAUAAUUUUUUUAAGUCGAAAAGUUUUGUUUUUAUCUAAACAACCUGCCAAACACAACCUCCGUCGACCGACCUAUCCGGAUCGAAAAUAUUUUUUUCAGCGGCGGCAGCUUUUUUGAUCUUAAUCGUACUUUUAUCUUUUCUCUUAUGAACAUAAGGCUGCGUUCGUACGCAAAUUUUGCCUGGGAAGUUUUUUAACAAAAUAAAAUUACUCAAUUAUAAGGUUAUGUCAAUUUUCAUUGACGCAACAUUUUCCAAAAUUACCUAAACGAACACGCAAACUACACAGCGUUUGGUACGCAAAUAUGGACCUCAAACUCUUCAUCAUCACCUUUUAUGCUGAUAAACGAUAUCUUCACGUGACUGCAUUUUUUACAUCCGACAAGACGCCGGCAAGUCUUAGUAGUAAAGAUUGAUGGGAAUGCUGUUCAAAAAUGCAAUAUUUCUGAUAUUUGCAGCGUAAUGAUUUCCUUUAAUUCUUAACCUCCAUUUAUAGAAGGGCAACUUGGACAUUUUGACAAGCAACUCAAAAUUUGAAAAUGUUUCCAUAUUUCGAAACGCCAUUCGGAUGCAUGCCUUUACCAAACAAAUUUUAUUUUUCACCCAUGCUACGCUUAUACGUCAGCAACCGUCUGGAAUUUCAUAAACUUGACGCAGCAAUCACGCCACCUAAUCCCUCGAGAUUUUCCCAUUUUCCCGCUGUUCGAAAGCAUUUUCGGGCCUGAAUCCCUCGGGCUUAAUUUAGUUUUUACAAAACUCCUUAAGUCUGUUUACUACUCACUGUUUGUUAUUUUUGCUGUUCAAGUCUAAUUACCAAACGUCAAGAUUAUUAUUUAUUCAUACUACCUCCUCAGUCUUGGAACCUGCCCACAAAUUAGACCAUAAUAAUCCGACACUGUAAACAAUUUGGUUGUAGAGGAUUAGCAUUAGUGUACGUGUAACUGUACGCAAAAUAUAGGCGGCAGACCAACAGACGCGAAAAAUACCAAUUACAGAGGCCAUCUGCAAACACGCAUCCGGUUUUAGAAUUCUGCUGCAGCAUUUAACGAGAAAAAUGCGUUCGGAAGAUAUCGUUUAAUUUACGCAUCUUUUCGCAUCUUUCGACUGCUGAAGGUGGAAAAUAAAGUUUCUUUAAACGCUGACCACUUAUAUGCGCCCGGAAAUUUCAAAAUUUGCUUAUGCUUGUUUUGAUUUCGCAGACAAUGUAGAAUUCGUGAAUUUUCAUCCAUGAUUAUCUGUUAGCACAUCUUAUGCAGUUCAAAGAAGUCAUGGGGUGCCACCUAUGGUUAAAAAUUCAAAAAACUACCAUAUUGUGAUCGGUAAUGUAUGCGGCGUGGAUUAACCUGUCCCAGACGUUCAUAUUUUGCAGAAUAAUCACUGUAAUAGCAAAUGUUUCAUAAGGGAGAUUUUUAUGAUACUGACGUUUUAGAGAGCCAAAGUCUGGCACAUCAUGACGGCAUUUAACUCGCAAGCACAGAGGGCUCCAACGCAAGACGUUGUCGAUAUUUUAUAAUGAAUUCUGUCGUUUUUUAAAUUUCUUAAUGGAUACAAUCUCUUUUCAAGGAACUGCAGUCCACUGUCCAUUUAAAAAUUCCAAAGAUAAACAUUGAAAUUGCACGUUUUAAGCAGCACCUAUACCCAGAAACCGGGUUUCAUCAAGUUCUCGGACGACUGGCGUUCACUUUUUAUACAACAUUUUCCAAGACUCCGAGACUGAAAGCUAUUGAAAUGUAUAAAAAUUUAAAAUCUUAAAGAAAAUCAUCUACUUGAAAGGCUACGUCGCUUGAAAGCUCUGCAUGUGUCGAAAGUUGAACAUCGAAAAAUUAGUUAAAGUGCCAAUGAUGUAGCAAAACCCUUAAAAUUCACUUAAGGGGCAUUCUCAUUUUGUACUAUCGGAUGAGGUAAUACAACCGGGCAGUACAAUCAAAAGUAAGUAGAGGCUGAGUUAGAAAGUUUCUGACCUAAAGCCAGAACAACUCGUCUAUAUUUUUGAGGUUAUGAGCUUGUUCGGAAAUGACAGUAGAAACAGAACGACUGACAGUUAUUGGGAUCAUCGGCCAGUCGGCAAUCUGUGUCGCAGACCAGGUGACGACUACGCAGUCCACUAGGUGCAGGCGUCAGAUAGUUGCAUGGCUUAAUUAGAUUCUUAUCCGAGUACCAGGAUCCAAUCAAUCGUCGAACCGUCUUACUUCCCUUGUAGACGAUAAUCAUGGUAGCUACGCAGUUUAACUCGUUACCCGUUUCGAAGGUGUGGACUAUCACUUACUUUAAUGUGUAACACCGUCGCAAAAACGCAAGUAAAGAGGAAAAAAUUUGUUAUUUACCAUUGUUUUCGUAGUUGAUUUAGACGCUUAUUGGUCUAUUCUUCUCGGAAACUGGCCUGUUUUACGAAUGUCACCAAAUCACCUAACCUAGGAGCUGAGCAUUAAUAUUCAAAUCGAAUUCUCUAUAACUACUUUAAUCCGCAAAUACGCGCAUGGCAUGUUACUCUUCUUGGAUAUCUGGUCAGAUGUGGUUAUGUAGCCGCUCCUGAUGUAUGCAAACCACAACCGUCUGUAAUACCGGACCGGUGGUCCGGAAAACGCACAGGCGACGAGGUCAAACAACUGUAUGCAAAAAAAUAUAUUAGGGAUGCGCGCUUUCACUUUGAAUUUUUAAGAAAUAUUUGGCCUAAUCCCUUAUUCCUAGGCCUUAGCCUAAUCAAAACCUAGACACUAACCCCAGCCCCCAACCCUGACCCUGACACCUGGCUGCAGCCCUAAACCUUAACUUAAAAGCAUUGUGUCCAUCAGAUUGGGCCACAUAAUCACAUCUAGCCUGAUAAAUGCUGGCAGUAUUUUUACCGCAAUAUAAUUUUUUCGUUUACGCAAAACAGGGCUGAGUAAACCCGUUACCACAACGGCGUUUGGAUGCAUGCAGACACAUAAUCUGUAAAAAGGACUACUUAUGUAGCAUGCAUUUUCCUCGUUGAUUUUCGAUGCCUCUAAAAUUCAAAUAUAUUUCAUAGAAAACACGCAUAAAAACAUUUAUUCCUUUGCUUAUUCGGUAGAAAAAUUACAUCAUUUUCCAAUUUUAUACUCAAAGGAAGGCUAUAACUUAGUUUUUAAAAACAAAUUAUCAGAUAAUUUCGAAAUUCCACCGCCGUCACACUUGUAUUCAGGGUGUCUAAACUAGAAGCCGUAUAUUUUCGUGUACGGUAAACCACGCACAUCUCUACGGUAUUAUAAGCAGACCAUAUGGGGUCCAGAAAAUUUUACAGUGGAUUGGAUCCAUCUUGUUAGCUUACGAAGUCACACUGGUAAGUGCCGGGGCAUGACGUUUUAUGAAUGACCAUUUAACGGUAUUAAAAUAUAUUACAAUUAAAAACUUUUUAAAAAACGAAUUAUGCCACUCCUUUGGGUAUAAAAUUGAAAGAAGGCGUGCUUUCCUACCGACUGAGCAAGAGAAUGAAUAUUAAUAUGCAAGUUUUCCAUGAAAUUUAAUUAAAUUUUUUAUGGUAUCGAAAGUCAAUGGGAAAAAUGCCUGCUUCUUAAUUGGUUAUUUUUUAGGGAGUAUGGUUUUCGCAUGCAGCCGAAAAGAACUUCGAUCGAAAGCUGGCAUCCUGCGGUAGAACUAUUCUGCAUAGUGGCUAGCUUUAAAACCAUCCUUAAUUAAUCUUCUCGAAACGAAAACGCAUUUCGAAAUUUUGGUUGAUAUUUCAUGGGUUAGACCACCCACUGUAAACAUAUCAAGUAAGCUUUUGUUGUCAUUAGUAGCGAGACGGCGGGCUGUAGAAUGGGAUUGAGUGAGAUCCUAAAAACAACAGUGAGAGUUAAACGUCCACUCGACAUGUUUAUAUACCUCAUUUCAUAUGGUCUAUGACGUAUCGAUGAUCGGUAACUACUGCAAAACAGCUGUCUACAUCUUGGCUGUUGCCGCUUUAGUGAGCUGUUUAUUUAUUUGGUUGUGGAUUAGGUUGUAGAUUAAUGGUAUUUUCAGCGGUUCACAAACAAACUCAGCCGUGCAGCAGGCCAAGCCGGUUGUGACAUGUUAACUCGGACAACAAAUUAGCGUGUGCUGCAGUAAGGAGCCGCGGCGGGGGGUCUCGUAGACGCGAUUGCCAAUCUGCGACCGGCGCGCCAUAGGCAGGAAUGCCCCAGAUCGCACAGGGACCAAUACAAGUAAUACGCCUUUCUAACGAGUAGGAUCCCCUAGUGUUCGCAGGUUGUCAAUAAAGCGCCUGUACCCUGGAAAGGUCAAAAUGUCUGAAAUCAUGCUAUGCCAGUAUCAGCAAGCCAUGGUCCUCGGAGCCUGGUUUGCGCUAACAGUUCCCUGACACCUGGUUCACUGCCGAUAGAGGUUUCUGUGCUCACGCUGGGUAUACAGGUUGUGGGCAUGGCCGCCAAGUCAUCAUCCUCCUCUUUCUCCCCCCUUUUAGGGUGUUGUUUUUUGGCGAAAAAUCUUUGUCAAGUGUAUGCUGCGGACCAGGGGGUGUGAUAGCAUGCUAAGGUGCGGUUACGGCCGUGCCCGUUACCCGCGCCCUGCCCCGCCUCCGGUCGUUUUGACUUUGUCUUGACACCGGGUCCAAGUUGCGAGUGAGGAAGAGGGAGUGCGGUAGAUGCUGAGCAAGUGCACUAUCAUUAAAAACUAAUUCCCGCGCAGGUCGCCGUGACUGCGGCGCCUUGCUGGGUACCAUACGGCGGACAUCGUCAGAAUCGACGGACGAACUGUCGCAUGUACUCCGGUCUACAUCUCUUUCAGUUCCACCAACAUUUAGGGUCGUGACAGGUGAAGUGACCUUUACGAGUUGAUAUAACGAAACGUAUCGGAACCUCGAUAACACGCACGUCUGCACACAAUUGUGGUAGGACGUCGAGACGAGCUCUCCGUUAGCGGUCUACAUUUUGAGAGUAGUAUGCAUGAAAAUGGGUCAGAAAUUGUUUCUGUCCAAAUCAGGAUUGCGUGCAAAUUUUUUUAUUCCUGACUGGAACGAGUCCGGCUUACUGACUGAGAAGAAGAUUGCUGAUUGACUAGGAUUUUAUAGAGAGGUUUUGCACCUUCAAAGGACUGCUUUAAAGUGAAUCAGGUCUUCCAAAACUAGACCGGAUCAACCAGCAGACUCUGGCAUGAAUAGGUUUGUCCAUUAAAAGAACUUACUUACAUAGGGAACAAAGUAAGCGGGCAAAAUUCUUAGCGGACAACAUGUUUACACAUACAAGCGUGUUAUGGGAAUUUAAUAAUUGACGAUCGGCAGACGUAACCUACUGACUAUUUUUCAUCUCCCCUUUACAGAAACGUACUUCAGCGUAGGUCAACAAAACAUUCACAUAACGUAAACAAUGACCAAUUGAUGAGAGUUUUGUGGAGAGAUUGUAAGGAAUAGGAAAACAGAAAUGACCUAUCAUGAUUUAUUCCCGUGUUUGUGUGUCAGGGAACCGGUGUCGCUUGGCGUGCUUGAGUCUCGUCGCUGCAUCACGGCGUAGCAGGAAGCAAGUAGGAAUAUGCAGGGCUUAGUUUGUUACAGAGUUGCUGGACGACUUAAAGAAACGCCUUCUGGAAAGACAAGGCUGCAGUAAAUAACGGUAUCGCUGCGGCACACAUCGUCGUGAGUAUCCGAUCUGAUACAGGCACUUCAAGUGUCUUGCUGACACCCCGCAAAGGAUUCAAAUAUUUGCCUGACGUUUAUCCACUGGCCGCUGUAUGCAGGUCUAGUCGUGACAGCGCAAGGGACGGACAUUUUCAUUCACUGUCUUGGCCAAAACGUAUGGCUCUCUCACGUCCGCAUAAGAGGUAUUCAGUCGCUUCAACAAAGUAGCCGUCUCCACGGAUAAACCCCCUUUAUGCAUAACAUGUAUUUACUAAUGGAUGAGAAGCGCGAUUCCUACAUCCUCGACUAUAAAGAGAGCAAGGCUGAACGAGCGCUAACGAUUACGUUGUGAAAUGCAAAAGUGGUGUAUCUUUUCUGGACGACCCGGUUAUUAAAAUUUUUAAUGAAAUAAUUAGUAGAAGUUAAUUCCAAAUAACAAUAAAAACAAUAAACAAUAAAACAAUAACAAUAAAAAUGCGCAAAUUUCUACUGUAUCAUAUAAAGAAGAGUUCGCCCCUCAGCGCAUCCGGGGAUAAUAUUCUUGCAAGCUCUUGAAAUCAUUGCUUCAUCGUCCUCUUCUAUUUCUGAACUUUAAUCUAAUACAGUUUACAAGUUGAACUUUGGUCGACAAAGGGCUGUCAAAACAAUGAAUGAAACUGUUCGAUUAGUUAUUGCACUCAAUGAAUUAAUGGUAAAAUAUUACACACUUUAGGAGGAAGGUUAAUGACAGCAAAUAGUGUAGGGGUAAAACGGAGUCUUAAUUAAACUUGUUUAUUUUAGUUGCCUUUUGCGGCGUUGCACCCCGGCUUCGUGUUAGUGUACUUAACCAAAAAAAACUGAAGCGCGAGUUUUGCAAACGCCGCGUGAAACAGUAAUGCAUGGUUGGUUCAUGGGGGGAACUUCAGGGUACUCAAGUGAUUGGUGGUGCAUGGGCAAUACGAGUUUUCAAUGUUUGAAUUUUUUGAUUCCGCUAAGGAGUCGAAAGUGCCGGAGAAGAACGUUCUCAAGAGAGGGCAAAACAACUCCAACUAUUUGAAAUCUGCUGAGAAAGCCGUAGUUACGCUGAAAAUAAAUUGCCAUGCAUCCGGCACACAAACACGUAUAAUAAUGCCGCAUCUUUAGCAGUUCGAAAAGGGUUUGAACCCCGGGAUCCCUACCCUCCGUUGUUUAUGGCAGCAUUCUAACUAAACAUUAUCAUUGCAGACCACAUUCUAGAUACAAGCAAAAAGGAGAGUCCAAGAAAAGAGUUGAAAAUAGAAAAACGGGCUCGCUGAAGCAGGGGCCUUAUUCGCCUAACAUUUUAAAUUUACGCUCUUGUUUAUCGGUAGAGGGCACAGCAGAUGAGACGACAUAAUCACAAUGGUUGUGGUUUUAAAAGGAUGAAGUAUUUCGACUCGGCGCCCAUCGCGGAUGCUCGUUGAUUUUGCGAUGGUCUCUCGAUUGCUGAAAGUGCUGCAACAUCAUCCACAAUGGUGGUGGUGUUGGUGUUGGUGGUGGUAGUAGUAGAAGUAGUAGUAAUAGUAGUAGUAGUAGUAGUAGUAGUAGUAUUAGCUAUUGACUGGAUAAUUACUCGGCUGUGUGGCUUAUAAGUGAUCUCAUUCCGAUGAGCAUUCGUCUGCACACUCCCCUCUACUCUGCUCAUGCAAAGUCAAAAAUCAUAAUGGAGGCAGAUGGUGCCUUCGCAACUGUUGAUAGACUUCAGUUCGGAGAACCGUGACUCGGGUAUCAUAAUGCCUCUAAGUAUGUCUAUUUUAUGAUCAGCAACAUGGUCGGCAACCAAUGCCCCUCGGAGCCCGGUGUGUUUUGUCAGUUAUACGUGGCACCUAGUUUCCUGCCGGCAGAUGCGCUUGCGUUCCCGCUGGGAAUACAGGUUAUGAGUGUGGCUGCUCAGUCAUCCUCCUCUCUCUGAUCCGUUUUGGUAUCGCUGUUACGGUUAAAUCUUGAUCAGGCGUCUGUUGUGGAACACAGGUGUUGUGGUACGCCUAGCUGCGGCUCCGGCUGUGCCAGCCACCUGCGCCCUUCCUCGCCUCCUUUGACACCGGACUGAGGCGAAGAGAAGGAGAGUCACCGCAUUUGCUUCACCUCGCUGUGGAGCGCGCGGUGGACAUCGUCUGGCACGACGUCCGAACUGUCAGGUAUCUCUCAAACUUGUCGCCUCUAAAGGCAGUCCCAGACUUCUCCCGUCAGUUGUGGUGGAAGCUGAGACGUAGUCGCAUUUCUCGCCACUUCCGCUGCGUUUUCGGCCAUCCACUUUUGAAUUAGACUUCCUGUUUCUCCGAGGCAUUUGUUUUCUCCGCAAAAGCGUCACAUUCGUUAAACCACUUCAGACGUUUCCGGUUGUGGCAGCUGGUCUUUAGUGCGAUUUCUUGGUGUCUAGUACUUAAGUCUGGUCUGUGUGCAACUCCAAUGUCAAAUAAUGUGAGAAAAUGGUCGACGGUUUCUGAGAUCCUUUCAUAAUACGUAGGGGUCUCUCGCUCGAAUGUGGGCUCGGUGCAGUUUGUUCUUUCAUCUUGUUUCCUUAUGAAACGGUGGACGAAGGUACAAUGGCAGGCAUAUAUUCUAAACACUCAGCAAGGAUAUUGCUAUUCAGAAAUCUUAUCCUCCGAUUCCCCACAUCGACCCUCAGGUGCGUGUGUGACUGGUUUGGAUGUUUGUUGAAGUUGCCCCAGUACUUCGAGCGCAACCAUCUACGUACCCAAAUCUUUUGGUUUUUUGCGGCAGACAAUGACAUUAAUGCUCAAUUUUGUAUGCAGGAAAAUGACGUCGAAAUAAUCUUUGAAUUUAAGCACUCGAUUCCAUUCGAUGGCGCCGAAGAUGCUCCUCAUGCAUUGAAGCCAGAAAUUGCAUUUCUGACGUCAGAAAACCUGCAAUUCCAAACGUUUUAGGACUGCCUGAACUGCGCGUUCAAAAAUCCCAUAACCCAUUGGCAGGCACUUCACUAACUCACCGAAAUUGUCGAGCAUCUUUAGGCCAGGACUUCUAAAGCUGGAGGCUAAGAUACUUUGCAGAAGUUUUUUACUGAUCUUGACCGACAGAUCUCCGGGGGAAAUAUAAAGAUUGGCGUGACCUCAAAAAUGCCAUGUUAUUGUUUGAUGGGGGAUUUAUCAUUUUGAGUUUCAUCAAUUAGUUUUGCUGGAAAACCCACUUUGGUGACUGGAUCAGCAGCAGACAUUUUGAGGCGCCGAAACAGUCAUUUCGCCUGUCUGACAUUAAGCGAUACGAUGGGUUAUAUGUGAAUGCCUCAUUUGUGCACCUUGGGAAAGCCAUGUUAUCAGGCCAAGGCAGUUUCAUAGUCUCUCGUCAUGCGUCGGUCGAUCGGCGAUAUUUCACCUGAUGGGUUAUCUUCUGUUCCGUCUGUGGAAUUUAGUAAUCACGUGAUGAGAUAAUACGCCCUGCGGCCAAGCUUGAGAACGAAAUCGUCCUUCAACCGUGCAGCGUAUGGAUAUGGUUUCCCUGAAACGUUUGUUGCGAAAUAUAUCUAUAAACGUCUGUCAAAUUCGAGAGCGUCGGCGGUUAACAAAAGAACUACUUUCAAUAUGACGCGCCUAACGGAUUCCUGCUCCGUCCCCUGAACUCCGCUUUUACACGUACCCAGUACCCAAGGUUGAAAACAAGGCUCUCUUAAGUGCUCUGCGCCAUCCGCCAGAUAGUUUAUCUUUUAGGUUGUUAAGAUGUGCAUUAGCACAAAAAUUUGUUCUGAUGGAGUGCGUUACACAGUUCGGAUCACUAAGAGGACGUGAAGGCAGUUUCCCAAUUAUCUAAAUCAAAACAUUACAAAGUCGAUCUAUAGCGCAGUCAUUUCCAAAUGGUUGACAGCUGCGACCGAGUAAACGUCAACCAUACUUUUGUGUAAUCCACGAUAUGUCGGCAAGACGUUUCUGAUGCUUGUCCCAGCGGAUAGUGGCGACAGCAAAGGCAGUGGCCAUAUGGCUAGUUAACACAAUUUUACGCUGCCAGAAGGCGUUCAUUCAAACCCUCCAACAACCUUCGACUAAAAUGAUCCACGCAUAUCCCUGCCGGAAUUCUGUCACGUAGCAUUAGAUAGGAAACACAAACACACUUAGUGACAGCGAAUCCCACUCCUUUAAUCUUUGGACUAGAUCACAUCCAACCUAUCUUGCUUGGCAAUUCCAAGCAAAACUCCACUCCAUGUUUCAUCUGCACGAUUGGCUCUGUCCAAUUUUUGUACUUGGAUGUCCCACCUUGGCGUAUUUAACUGCACAAACCAGUUGAUGAUGGUGAUGGUGUUUUGGAUGGUGACGAUGGCGAUAAUGAUAAUGCUGCUGCUGCUGCUGCUGCUGCUGAUGAUGAUGAUGAUGAUGAUGAUGAUGAUGAUGAUGAUGAUGAUGAUGAUGAUGAUGAUGAUGAUGAUGAUGAUGAUGAUGAUGAUGAUGAUGAUGAUGAUGAUGAUGAUGAUGAUGAUGAUGAUGACAACGACGUAGACGACGAUGGCGCUAAUGGUGGUGGAAUAAUUACACUAACCGACUUUGAACUCCUCUAUAUCUGCAUGCGUAUCGUCGCUAAAGCCUCACAUUUCGUUCUUUUAGCUUACUGGGUCGUAGGCAGAAUAACAUUACCGUAUAGUAUAGUAUAUAUAGUAUAGUAUAUAGUAUAGUAUAGUAUAUAGUCGUAUAGUAAUCUCCACAUCGCGCAUACUGGCAGAUUUUGCACUUGAUCAUUUUUCUUUAUUUAAAAGUUGUUAGCAUUGUGCGUCCCCUAACUGCCCUGUACUGGUCGAUUAGCGUAGAAAUGUUAAGUCUGAAAUACAACCAGAUCGAUUUUUCACAACACUCCAGCGUAAAAAUCUGUAAUAAUACAUUUAACCUUUACAGAAUGAUGAACAAACCCCGGCUUCCAAAUAUUGAUUCUUCCUUUUAUUGGCAAACUCUUAAUCGUUUUAUGAACAAAUAAAAAUCAUUGGGUCCUGGUAUUUUGCAUCAACGAUUUCUUCUAUAACUGGCCCCAAAAGUUUCUUCGUUAAGGUCUUUUUGAUUUUUCAUUGUUUAAAAUCAAAUCAGAGAGGAGAUCUAUAAAGUCUCCAGAUGUUGUAAGCGAGCUUCAUGGAACUGACCGACUAAUCGCAGUGCUCAGCACAUCACAUCGACUGUAUCUCAGCUUUAUCUAAGGACGCGCACGCUGGGUGGUGGUUAUAGGAAUUUACUGUUGUCUAGAUCGAUGAGAAAAGGAGAUGUUUUGACAGAUUUUGAACAAUAUAUUUUGACUUUACUGUAAAAAACUAGACGACCUCGGUAGGGUUUUAACCCAUUACGGCAAUGGCAAGGCUUGAGUACGAGCAACACACUACCUAUCGGCAGCCAUGGCUUUGAUCACAUUUGAGUCAAGUUACCCGUCCAUCCUACUGCAACAUAUGGAAUUUACCAUUACCCAGGCAGGAAUUAGACUUUAUUAGAUGUUUGCCACGCUGACUCUAUUAACUUAUAUUUUUCAAAUUAUGAUUCUUGGAAUGUCUGUUUUCACAUUCAUAAGUAGGAAGUAACUGCCGAUAGAUUAUUUGAAAUCGGCCAAAAACCUACUAAUUACAUCAUCCUGAUGCUCAUCUGGUGAAUGUUCAACCGAUUCCUCUGAAAAUUCUGCAUCAACAGUGGGUCUACUGUAUCAGAUUUGGUGUAUCUCAUACAUUGCAAUGAGCUGGGUAGGUAAAUUAUUUUAAUGUGAUUAAACUCACAGCUCCGGAGGGGGCCUCGAAGCUCAGUUGGUUACAGGGUUGGCUGUAUACAAGCCUUCAUCCUGGUGCCUUGGGUGAAAUCCCACCGAGGUCGCUAGUUUUUCACAGCUAUGCUAAAUUAAAGGACAAAAGAGCCGGCAUCAGCCACGUCUACAUUACAAGGAUCCUUGGGCAUUGGGCGUUAAGCACUCCAACGCAUUUUCAUUAAACCAUGGGCCAGCUGUCCUUUCGUUUGAGAUCGGGAUGCGUCCAUCUAUCAGGUUAUGAGACAUGGUCAUGUCGUUUCGCCUAAGGACUUCAUCUAGAGUCUUUGCAGGCCGUAAGAAAUGACAGCGAAAGUAAUACUGAUGUACGUGAGCUUUUAUACGCAGCGGCGAUGACAGGUUCUGCAACCCAAUCAGCUGAUGCCUUCCUUUCCAGAGUCUAGAUCUCACUUCCUACUUUACGACUAAAGUAAGCUGAUUUUUUCAACCCUCGCGUUAUUGCACUCAGGUAUAAUUCUGCUUCAACACCGAGAUCAAAUCGCGGAAAUCGAGCGGAAACGCGGGCUUGGAUGAUUUUAAACAGUAUUAACUAGCGGCAAAUGGUUGGCUAAUCAGGAGAACUACCACACUGCCCAUCCGGUCCAGGUUGUAUAAGUACUGUGAUUGUUCGGUCUUUGACUUUUGAAUUGUCUUUUGAGUUUAUUCCCUAACUUAGUGUGGAGAGUCCCAAGACACGUAUUUUAAGGUUAUGGUCGCAUAGCAAUAUGAUGAGCGCAACAGAUUCCGCAAGCUUCAGCGUUUACUUUCUUUAUCGUCCCACCCUCAAAUGAGAAAGAGGUCGGAGUUGGCAAACGCACAUUCCCUGUACUCCUGCGGUAAAUACGGCAGCCGGUAAUUAUGGUCUAUAUGUGGUCUCAUAGCAACUGCACUCAAAAAUGACUGAACAUCCUGUGCCCUUGUACUUUUAUUGGCGACUGUCUCUGUUGUUAGAUUCGGGGGAGUAUUCCCCAAACGCUUCGUGCCCCCAAACGGGUUACAUGGUUAAUUUGCUAGACCAACACGGGAGCCAUAUCGUAUUCUGGCGUACGCUAUUGGAAUGCUCACCAUAACAAAUGCCAACAUUCCGGGGUGCGGUGGCAGACCCAGUUUCUGGCUGACGCCGCACACAUUGGAACCGGGGCAACGCUCCCUAUUUAUGUUUUUUUUGGUCAAAAUCCUGAUCAUUUGCUGUGUUGGCCAGAGGAUGUGGAGUGGAGCGCCAAGGUGCGGGCUCGACAAUGCUAUCAACCUGCGCUGUUCCCCGCCGCUGGUCUUCUUGACUCUGUCUUGCAACCGGAUCCAGGUGGUGGAGCAGGAGUGAGUGCGGUAAGUGUUGUACUAACUACUCACGAACUUGUCCCCGUCCCUGCUUUUACCUGGCUGUGGAACACCGCAGUAGACACCGUCGGCAACGCCGGUCGAAACGUCGGGCUCGGGUGGGAACCUCAAAAGUCAGGCGAGUAAUUUUUUCCAACAAUCGCAUAUACUUGCCGCCCAUGGCUUUCUGAAAUUCGCCUUUUUGCCUCUAUUUGUAACAAUACACGUCACAGCUAAACAGCAUGCACUCAAAGAAGCACAGAUAUAACCAACAGCGAGGGAAGGAUGUUGUAGAUUGCCAGGACUUUCAAAACAGCAGGCAGGAAGCAUGACUUAGUCCCGAGGUCAAGGAGCAGGGGAAGAGUGCAGUCGAGAUGGGUUUGUGGUUCGUCAACGUGAGUCGACGCGGUCGGAUGUGUGUAAGAGUGCGUUGGAACUCGGCGUGGAUGCGGGUCCCAGACUCGAUUAUUUCUUCCCCUGGUGAUCGCAACUCGCCCAAACUCCUCAGUCCGCGUGUUUGACCUACAGAAAUUGCCGACGCCUUAUGUUCACCCCCCCGCCCUGACAGUUAGUGCCCGACGAUGUCCUUCGUGUGCUCCAUAGCAAGGUGAGAGCAGGCACGGUGACUUGCGCGUGAAUUCUUCUAUAGUUAGAGCAGACUUGCUCGACAUCUACCACACUCUCUCCUCCUCCCCACCUGAAUCCGAUCUCAAGACAUAGUCCAGGAGACCGAGAGAGUGUGUGAAUGCCUGGCAGGGCUGCAAUCGCACCAAACCGCACCACUGCACUGCCUGGUCCACAACAAACCCUUGAUCAGGAUUUAUCCAAUACGAAAAAUGGAGCAGAGCGCUCCAGGUGUAUCACUUGGCGUGGCGUGGACCGGCAACUGGGCCUACCGCCACAUCCCGGUGUUAUGGUGCUCAUUCAGAGACGCUUGACAGAAUCCGAUGUGGCCCCGUGUUGGUCCAGCGUAUCUGCUGCGUAGCCCAUUCGGCGCGGUAACCUCGCCUUGCGCGAAGCGUGGGGACGAGAAAUGUGACUGACUCCUGUAACGUUUAUAAACCCCGUCCAAGUCUCAUAUUUUCAUUCUACAUGUAAUUGUCCUCCCGUGACGACGAACUACUAAACGCAUUUGUUUGCCGAUUUGACUUUUUAAUUAGUUGAGCAGCCACUAACAGAAGCAUUCGCCCUCUAGUAAAAGAGGACAGACUUGUGGUUUGGGAUCUGGAAGUUUAGUGAACAAUUCAGCUGACGGCUCUAUGUAGCGGCGAGUUCGGAAUUGCGAUUGGACGUAGUUUAUAGCCCUUUGGAGGACAAAUUAAUCUAAAGGCUGAGUUUGGCCGUCGGGGAUGCCGACUACUUCAAAGUUUGGCAAAAAAGCAUGCGAGAUCGUCUUUUCAAAACUCAUGAAGAACCAUUUAAAUUUGUCCAGAGCAGUCUUUUUUUAAUCCACGUUGUAACUGUUCACUUAAUCAGAGGAAAAAGUCCACUGAGGUACAGUCAGUGAACGAUCUCACGAAACUCUUAUUAGAAAUCCGCGUAACAAUCGGUAGACGGCACCCAAAAAAUCCGCCUAACCAAAGCAUCCUGUCUUACGGGACAGGUGGUAAUAGGGGUUUUAUGGCUGGUGGCUGGUCAGGAUGCACGAUACUAGCCGACAGAAAGCCUUAUUCGAAUAGGUGAAUGAUCGAAGUUGGCCCGCUUUCCGUUCCGUUAUUACAAAAUGGGUCGCCAAAGGCAGUAUAGUGGUAACGGACGAGUGGAAGGCGUAUAAUCGUCUUCCCUCAGAAGGUUAUCUACAUUUCUCUGUUAACUACUCAAAGAACUUCAAAGACACUGAGGCGUACUGGAGUAGACUGAAAAGGAAAGUCCACGAGAGAGAGUCCCUGUUGUGGUCGAGCUGUGUGGGCUCACAUAGACGAAAUACAGUAUCGUCUUUGGUUUGGCCUCAAAGCCAUGUCUUUAACAGAUGCCUAGGAACUGUUCCUGUCCCAUGCUGUGCAGACUUAUCCUAUUCAAAAGUGAUUUUGUUUUGUUAUAAACUGCCAUUAUACGAAUGUAUGCCGUAUAUUCAGGUGUACGUGUGUAAGGAUGGGGAAGGUUGGGUGACAGCGACCAUUGUCCAUGUAACCUCCUGCGAUGUUCGUUCGGCCAUCUCACGUUAGGCCGUCAGGGAAAGUCCAAGUAGUGCGUGAAAGUUGGCCUGCAACUGCUAAUAUAGCCUGAAGGCGUUUGAGAUUACUGUUAAAGGUAUUAUUUCUAGGUAACGGAUUUUUUGCGUGCCAUCUCCCGAUUGUUACCGAAAUCCGAAAUGAGUUUUCAGUUAGGAAAGAUUACAUAAGAGGGUUCAUGUAUUGAUUGUCUUGCGACAUGACACAUUAAUAUUUCGAAGACGGCAGAUUGUUGGUUUUCGAAUUUACUCUUUUCAGCUGCCAGCAAAAGGCGUAAUCGGCAAAAAAGACUACUUAAACAGUAGGUACAUUCUCUGUCAAUUUUCAAUAUCAUCAUUUGUCCAAAACACUUUUCAUAUACUCACUGCGCUUUCUUUACAUUUUAUGCUCAGGGAAAAGGUAUGCCUGAGUUUUUAAGAAAUUUCAAUUCAGCGAUUGUUUACGUCCCCACAAUAUCCAUUCGAAUAGCAUCGUAUCUGUCUGUUUAAUGAUGCUGCUCAAUGAAUAUACAACAUUUCUACAUCAGUUGCGACAUUUUAUUAUCCCCAUACGGUGUUUUCUUAUUGCCCAAAGAAGCAUAUGUUAUGUUUAAUUCUUAAGAAAAUCAAUGCGCGAACUUGGAGUAGAUUCUUUCGAACCGGCCUUUUAAGACUCGGCAUUUAACUAAUAUUUCUGUUGUUAUAACGGUGAAUAAUUGCAUGGGGAGUUCAAAAUUAUUCGGGAAUUGAAAACUUUUAAACCCAACAGAUGUCCCUAUCUUAAACACUACUUUUGAAGAAGACAUAGUUGGCUAUCAACUACGCCCGGAAAAUAAUGUUUUCAAUGACCUUUUCCGUACAAUAUAUUUAUAUUUUCAAGGUCGCCGGAAAUCGACAGAAAAAGUUCAUACUAAAUAAAUAGUCAUUUUGUACGGAGUGCAAUUUUGCGGCGGCCGAAAACAAGGGCAUUCAAGGGCCAACGCCCUAGCGUGUUUGAAACACCACCGGAUUACGUCGCUGGGCUCUGUGCGAUGGUUUCGCAGUUGACCGACCAGGCCGAUGUCCGAUGGUGUCAGGUUGGCAUUCAGUCCACGUUGAUGGCGGGGAAGACGGCGGUGGCAACGAUUUACCGGUUGGUAGGGGUUUCGACAUUGGUGUUGCUAAUGUUGGUGGUCCACCACGGUGCCGAAAGCGUCGCCGCUUGGAAGGUUGCCGACUGGCGCCUCAACUCGGUCCACACAGUCGGCCCAGUUGUGUGGAGUGGCGGACUGACAAGCUGAGAGUCAAAUUGCAACGGUUACUUUCUAGCGUGGCCCCUGGCACUCAUAAACGUGUCGCCCACCUGUUGUGCGAACCCCCGGCGAUUGUGAAGCAUAAGACAUGAUUGCUAGGACAAGAGCUUCACUCGCCUGUCGUUUCAGAUUCCUGCUCCUACCCAUCACCAGAGUCAAUAGCAGAUACUGGUUGUUCAUGCACAAGGCGCUGCAGCAUUUAUAUUAUUCAGCCGCCAUGUUAUCGCAAACAUAUGAAAAUUCAUGGCUCCCCCUCUAAAUCAGGCAUUAUUGCACCUGGAGUGAUGGCCGUUCGAUGGCCGACAUUCGCGUCGUUAAUCGCUGCAAUUUCUUCAUGGGUGCUGGAUGCUGUUGUGAUGGUCACUCGACAAUCUGACCCAUCGACUCUGGCACUGGGAACAGUUUUCAGCUGUGCGCUCCCGCGUGGUUAAUUUCUCCGCCUAGUCAAAGUCUUAGCACUGAAUAUGGAAGGAAGCAGUUGAUGCACUAAGAAAUAAACUGACGACCGGUGAACCAUGACUAAAUCAGUUCGCGGCUUAUGCGAUUAUCACUUUGAGCAAGAAUUCCAGCUGCGUCGAAUUUGAAUGUCUAGCUUCACCUCGUCGAAUGAACCGCAACUUGAGAGCUGGCCUCAUUUCUCUGCACUGCUGCAGCCUGUUCAGUCAUUUGCGUUCGGAGCCGUCAUUUGGUUUACCUGACGGAGUUGUUUCGUCCGCAAAUGCACUUGAUCCGAUGAACGACCCCAGAUGUUUCUUGCCGUGUCAGCGGGUCUUUCGGUUUCAUUACCUGACGCCGGAUGUUUGUCUCCGGUCUGUAUGCAAUGCCAGCCCCAAGUGGUGCGAGAAGGCGUCAUACAGCUUCCGAAACAUUCUUGACAUACAGAAACCCUAACUAAAUUUAGGGUGCGUGCGGUUUGGUCUUUCACUCUUUUUGCGUAUGUGUCGAUUAACUUAGUUGCGCGGGUAGCCAUUGGCAUUGAAGACCCCAGAUAUUCUGAUCUUUCUCAUCCGUUGUUGUGCUACUGUUGAUUAAAAUCUAAGUCAAGUGUUUGUUGUGGCUCUGCGCUCUCUCAUGCCUUCUGCCCUCUAAACUAUGUCUUGAAACCGGGCCCAAAUGAGAAGGAGGAAUGUGUGUGGUAGAUGCAGCGUAAGUCGACUCUCCCUAUAAACCACCAUGCCUGCUCUCACACUGCACACGGUGGAUGUCCACGUCAGUCGGGCUGUCAGUAAUGGCAGUGUAGGUGCUGAGUGGUGAGAGGCAAGUCGGCAGCGAUGACACCACAUUGGUUCUUUUAGGGAGCUCAGUGUCUGGGAUCCUUGCUCGCCUCUUCCCCGUCAGCAUUUCGCGAUGGGUUCCGUGGAGUCAGCAUCUAGCGCUGAUUGGUGCAGAACUAUUUUAUUUCCCAUGCUGACGGCCAGUCCGAAGACGAAGUCGUCGGGGACGGAGGAGUCCACACUCCGGCAUAUGUCUUCUUCCGAUAAACGGAAAUUAACAGGCAAACAAUAGAUCGUGAAAUUUGAUUUUGAAUACUCUAAAACAUGCAUUCAGACAGCUGAUGUUGAACAUUCUUUUGACAGCUCGGCUGUUGACGUCGAUCAACUCUCACGGUAGGUGUCGAUCAGCGUAUAGUAAAACAUCCAAGUGAAGAGUGUGGAAUAAAUUACGCGGUUCAGCUGCAAGCGUCCACUCCCCAUUCGGUUUGCAUUUUUUGUAUCGUGGAAUUCAAUUAGCAUUCAACCAGAUCAGUAUAAUAUUCCGUUUGUUCAAUGUUGAUUAACCUUGCGGUUGCACCCGCAAUUGUACUUGGAGUUUAACCUUAAAUAUACCAAGGUACUGAUCAGUCCAACAGUCAUCUACGUAAAUCACCUUAGUCAUGAGAGAGUCACGCUGGUUAUGCCUCCAGGCAAACAAGCUGCAAGCUAUUCGUCACGAACAAUGUUUACGAGACCACCCUGUUCUCAUCCAGAUGUUUUCUUAACACUUGCGUACAUCACUUAGGGCAUCUGGUUUUUCGUUUGAUUUUCCAGGGUUCGUGGCUGUUUACCGUGUCGAAGGCUGUCUUCAGACCUCCAAAGGUAGUGCGAUAAAUGAUUUCUAUUUUCUGGUGCUUUUUUGUCUUGCAAUUAGACGGUUACAAGCACUAUAUCUGAGGCUUCGCUCUGUUUUCUGGAAUCCGCGCUGCCUUCCAGGAAGAAGUGUCUGACCCAGAGGCCAAGUCCAUAUGAUGUUAAGAGGGGAGAUGUGUCUGUUGUCAUCACAUAGUUGUCAGUUUCCCUUGCGUUUGCAGAGUUGCACGGCGGUGACAUUCUUGAAGUCUUGCGACAUGUUGCACCUCGUCUCCUGGGAUGACGAAGUAAAUAUUUACAUGAGUUGUGAUCUUCACACUUGUAGAUUUCGCCGAGAAUUAAGUUUUUUCUCGGCGUUUUUUCUCUGGACAGCUGUUGCACUAUCCCGACUUUCCCCAGAUGGGACUGCGGACGACCGAAGUCGUUGUCAUUGUUCACAUGAAGAAGUCAGCCGAAGGCUUCUCUGUACUGUGUCGACGGGCAAUUGAGAGGACCCUGAAAGUGCGCGGCCCAAAUUACCUGGAUUCGCGGCUUCUGCCUCAGGAAGGUUGUCCCAUCUUAGCUCGGCAGUGAAGUACUCCUCUUGGCCGGUGGACCGCAGACCGCUUUGAUUGCACCGCAUAUAUCCUUCAUAUCAUGUUAAUGAGCAUAUACUUGAGCUUUUUCAGCACUGCCAGUGAGCCAGUCGUAUUACCUCAUGUCAAACUUCUCCUGUGGCAGCCAAUGGCAUCGAAAGUAUGCGGAUUUCUUUGCGUUGCUGUUGUCGAUGUCGUAGCUCACGUGUCGACGGUUUCUCGAAGAGCAUUGUGUGGGUUUCUUAACCAAAGUCAUCAAGCCGAUCCUAGUGGACGAGUGAGCACAACCAUCAAACCUUGACAGUCUCUCGCAUUCCCCUCUAGUGGGUUACCACAUUGGUAUGCGUCCACUCCCCAUUCGGUUUGCAUUUUUUGUAUCGUGGAAUUCAAUUAGCAUUCAACCAGAUCAGUAUAAUAUUCCCUUUGUUCAAUGUUGAUUAACCUUGCGGUUGCACCCGCAAUUGUACUUGGAGUUUAACUUUAAAUAUACCAACGUACUGAUCAGUCCAACAGCCAUCUACGUAAAUCACCUUAGUCAUGAGAGAGUCACGCUGGUUAUGCCUCCAGGCAAACAAGCAGCGCAGGAGAUGACAUCAGUGCAAAGAAGGGCGCAUCCCCAUCGCCUUUCUUUUACAUCGUCAAACGGAAGUCGUUGGCCAGUAGAUGGUUAGGUUCUCCACAGGCCUCCGAGAUAAGAAGACCGCUGAUGUCGCAGCUUCUGAUUCCAGGGCCAACAAGCAAUCCCCCACGGCAGUACUGUCUGUACCGGAGCAGGCAUUGCGGUCAUCUGGGAUAAUCUCUUCGUCUAUCUUCGGUUUAGUUGCAAGGAUGACGUACGGGUCUUUGUGGAACUUGUUCUUUACGUUGUCGGAGUGGGUCCUAGACGCCGAUGACGAUACCAAACUUGUUCGCGCGCAGUCACAGUCCAAUGUUCAUGACAAACAAAAGACAGCCGUCUCACGAAGGCAAGGGCGGCCGUGGCUUCACAUCGCUCUGCCCCUGAGCGUCCAGCUCUUAGCUACUCCUGUUGACUCUAAACGGGUCUCACUGAGAUCCAUAAUGUCCAAUUACUAACAGUCCAGUUUGUAGGCGAAUGAAACAGUCCGGACGACAUAACCUUUGAUUGUCUAAAAGAAAACGCAAAUCCCAGGCUGCCAGAUUGGGCAAGUGAAGAUUAAACAGAGAGAUGAAGAUGGGGGUGGCACAUUUUCAAACCCCAUGCUGCCCAAAGGGUGUUGGCAUAGCCAUCCCUAGGUAAGGCUGUUUAGUCCUCCCAGACGGCUGCCGAAAUCCAGCGCGGGUCAGAAAUGGUAAGGAUAGGUUGUGUAAACCCACUAGGCCUAAUGUGUGCAACUAAUUACGCAACUUACUUCGGUAAGCCUUGUUUACUUUAGCAACGCAUUGUUGCAGGAAGCUGCCCUUGGGUUUUGGCAAGUACGCUGAUAUAACCACGUGGACCGAGUCGUUCCAGUGCGAUCCUUUUUAUUAAUACGUUAUAUGGCAUGAGGCCACCUAUGUCUUUCGAUCCGUCCUCCCCGUAGUCCGUUUCUUUCCGGAGGAUGUCUAUGCAUUCUUCUCUCUUGUCGCAGCUUACCAUUCAACGCGUGCUGUAAGGAUCUUCGGCUGUGUUUUGGCUUACAUUUCUUCAGCUGAGGCACAACCGCUCGGCUUCUAUGACAUCUCCAAACGAUGUCUGCUGUCGAAUGUGUACGUAACGACUUAUUUACUUCUUCGGAAAGACUAGCUUAACCUUCUUAUAUCAUGUUGCUACUCACCUCAUAACGCCUGCUGUAAGAACCAAUCAGUGCGUUUUGGUUUGCUUUGGCUCAGUUGUCGUUCCAUGAUAUCCCAAGGCGGAUUCUGUUGGCAAACGGUGCACCAUGGCUUAUUAAUUCUCUAGCCAUACUUGUGUGCAGUUGCUCUCAUAAAAUCUAAUAAGAAAGUUAAAUUCCGUUGGCUAUACAUGUAAAAACUGACUUACAAAUGGUCGCCAAAUUGAGUUCAAUUAGAGCCCAUUCAGGUGCCGUAUUCGAUGAGCUGUUACACCAGAUAUGCUUCCGCAAUAUGCGACAGCAAUAUUUCUCUCACCUGCUUCAAACAUACGAUGUCUAGUCAAUUUCCAUCUAUUGUAUGAAAUAUAUUAACCGUACGAGUUCAUGAAAUGUUGUCCGAAAUCUCGAAUUGUUUUAUCGCUUCUAGAAGAUUACAUAAGUAGGGUUUUAAAAUCUACUAUCAUACAGCCCAUGUCUAUAAUAAUUCAGUUACCCCGGCGUGUUGUCUGUCGCACGUGCGUCUUUCCGGCUACAUGCAAAAGUCAAACUCUGUAAAAAUUGACUACUUCUGUAGCACACUAUUCGCUCAUUGAUCUUCGAUGCCCUUAAAAUGCAAUUAUAUUUUCUAUGGAAAAUAUUGAUAUAAAUAUUCAUUCUUUUGCUCAUUGCGUAUAAAAUUGCGUCUUCUUCCAAUUUUAUACCCAAAGAAUGGGUGCGAAUCGUUUUUAAAAAAGUUUCUUAUUGUGAGAUUUGUUAAUAUCGUGAGAUGGCCGUUCAUAAAACGUCAUGUCUCUGCAUUUACAAGUGUGGCUUGUAGAGUUAACACUUUGGCUCAAAUUCACUGCCAAAAUUUAUGAACCCCAUAUGGCCUUUUUUGAAUACCGUAGAGGAGUGCAUGGUAUUUCGUACGCCGAAAAUAUAUGGUUUGUAGUUUGAGAACCCUGAAUGCAAGUGUAAUGCCAGAUCGUGUUUAAAAUUAGUUGACAAUCCGAUAAGUGUUUAAGAACCAAAUUAUACCCCUCGUUUUAGCAAAGUAUUAAGCGAAGAAGUAAAUAAAUAUUUUUGGGAUUUUAUUUAUGAAAUGUAAUUGAUUUUUAAAAAGCAACGACAGUUAAUGGAAAAAAUUCAUGCUACAUAAGUAGUCGUUUUUUACAGAGUGUGGCCUAACAUGCGGUCAGACAGUUGUUAGUUCGAAAGCCAGCACCCCGAGAUAAACGAAUUAUUACAGAACUAUGCAGCAAGAUGAUAAGUUUUGAAUUCCUACUUAAGUAAUCAUCUCGGAACGAAAAGGCGUUUCAGGAUUUUGGUUGACAUUGCAUGAGUUAGCACACUUGAUGUAUUUGAUAAAAUAAAUGGACAAAAAUAUUUAAUCUUCUACCCUUUUGAAGUAAUAUUGUGUCUUCUCUAAAUUUAGCUCUUAAUUGCAGGGCAUAAAUCUUUUUAAAAGGCAUUUAAUUAUGAGACUAUUUAAGACAGUGGGAGGCGUGUUUGUGAACCAUCCUGUUUUUGCACUCACUACUGUUGCUUGUAAAUUUUACAAUAUGGCUCAAAUCCACUGUUAAACUUUAGAAACAACAUACGGUAUCCUCUUAACAGCGAAUAGAAAUGUAUACGUUUACGCACGCGGAAAAUAUACAGUUAUCGUUGGGGAACUGAUAAUGAAAGUGUAGCAGCAAGUCCAGUUUAAAAUUAUUCAGGAAUUGUAAAUGUUCUAAAAACAAACAUAUCUUUGUUCGAAGCGUAAUUUUCACCUAAAUGAACAAAGUAUAUAUAUUUCCGUCUACGUUUUUGUGAAAUGAAUUUAAAUUCAUAUGGGCAUCGAAAAUUGAUAAGAACAAUUCCCACUACUCACGUUGGCAUCUUCUACAGACUGCAGCUUUUUGCAGGCAGCCCUAAAGAAAUUCUCUCAAAAACUAAAAUAUCUUGGAAAUGCGCUGCACGGCAAUUAAUAUUAAAACCGUACUUAAAUAAUCCUUUUAUUGGAAAGUGAAUUUUUAAAAUCUCAGCAAACAUUUCAUUAAUUAGCACAUUUACCCUUGCUUUGAAGCUUUACUUCUGAAAUGGCCCUCCCCGAUUCAACUUCAGAAGAGAUUAGCGUUUGCGUCCAAUUUUUCAUUUUAACUGGACUUGCUAACAAUACUAGCUUCAGAUAUGUUUCUUCACAUGUGAUCUUUCUUUACCGAGUAUAGUUUUCAAGCGGCCUGAAAAGAGCUUUUUCAAAUGCCGAAAUCCCUACAUGAUACAAAUGCCUUUUGAUUAUGCUUCGUGAUAGUCUUAUGACCAGACCUAGGUAAACAUUUCCCAUUAAAGGCACACCUCAGGACUUCGGCUAAAAUUUCAUGAGAUAUGACAUAUAGUGCACCCUGUGGUAUAGCAGUCAGAGAUGAAACAAAUAUCGUCUGUAGGGGUGAUUCGUGCAGGGGAGUUCAGUGUUUCGGGACUUGCCAGUCAGGUGUAAGGGAUUGUGAUCUAUUUCAAACGCCAGUGGCAGAGAAGGAAUGUCGUUUAGAUGUGUGUAUGUCUUGUCGAUGUCGUAUAAGGGUAGGGGUACGUAGGGUUCAAAUAAGGCCCAGACAACUGGACGGUUUGAGAGCAGACGGUCUUCAAGAAGAAUCCAUAAUAUCGAGCUUCGACCUUUAUUGACUACAAUUAUGACCAGUAGCAACUUCUAUACACCGAGUGCUACUCGAAUGCGUGUUCGCACCCGACGAAAACCGUUAAAAAUCGAUCUCAUUCACCAAUUUCCAUGAAAUCACAAUUUAAACCAUUACAUUUAUGUGUGCCUAAUUAACAGGGUUUUUAUACUAAUUUUCGAUGCUUUUAUAAAGUUGAAUAUAUUUUGUUGAAAGCAGGCAUAAAAAUGGCAACACCCUGGCGUGUCUGACAGAUUACGCCAUUAUGCUGCAGGGUAGUCAUCCUUACAACCCUUGCUUAAGUAAUCCUUCCUAAUCAAAUAGGCAUUUCAGUAUUUUGGCCAACAUUUUACGAAAUCAGUCACUAAAUGUAUGCAUAUGAUCAAAAUAACGGUAUAUGAUGUAAAAGGCAUCACGUGUGACCUCGGAGCAUUCCGAAAACGCAAAAUGUCUCAUUGGGUCGGGUGAUUUUUUUAAUUUAAUCUUGUUGUUAGGCAACCAGAGGAUGUGCUACUGUUCUACCUACCACUACAAUCCUCCUUACAAACUGUUUGCGGGCAGUUAUCGUAUUGUACAGUCGAAAGACUUGUCCAACUUUUGCGAAUCAUAAGACCGCCCACUCUCAGAGCAAAAUAGUUUCUUAACUCAGAGAGGCUUUCGUCGAACAUAAAUUUUUAGUCCAUUUUUCAGUAGCUGCAAUUGCAGACGCGAUUGAUAUGCCUUCUGAAUUUUAACAUCCGCCGUCAAACAAAAGCAUUGUCUCAUGUCAAUACAUGAAUCAAAUGGUAGUCUAAUGGAGCAUCAUUGUAGCCACAAAAUGGUAGGCGAAAAUACGCACUGGUUAGGAAUGCGCUAGCGCAAUUUCCUUUUAAUCUUUUCUGUUUUUAAACUUACCCUUUAAAUCAUUUGCAAAACAGAAAUGCAAAAUAACUCGCAGCAACGCAAAAUAUAUGAGCAGCUUUCUCUGUUUUAUGAUCAUAGGCAGAGUAUGAAGACGAAUCUCUGAACAUCUUACAUUUUUCAAAUAGUCGGUAUAGGUGUAUUUCGUUCUAGCGGAAUUUGCUUUUGGCACCGUUAAUACCCGUUGAAGAUGUUCUUUUAGCUCAUAAACAUGGUUAUCCUCCAAUGUAGAAAUUCCGCAACAUUCCUUUCCCGUCUGGUCAUUUCAGGAAAAUUUUAGAGCUUCCCAGUGGAUACUGUAGUAGUUUUCUCCCAUUGAUUAUUAUGGUUUGCGAUCUUUUUAGUUAAAAAGCCUGAUCUUGAAACUUAAUUCUGACCUUUCAUUUAAAAAGACGUGAACUGAAAACUUAACAGCAAAUGAGGUCUGCAAAUGUAUGCAUUUAAUCUUAAGGACCACUUUUUACUUAAUCGGCCAAAUCAUUAGUGGAGACUGGAGGAGACUUACACAAUUAUGUAAAAAAAACAUUCGGAGUUGCUUAAUAGCAUAAACAUAUUCCAAGCAUGACCAUGAAUUACCAUCGCUAGAAUGCUUCAAGCCCCGAGGACUCGUUGGUAAUACGUCUCGCCGCCUUAACCCUGGUAGAAAACCAGCUUUUUCUUGUUUAUGCGAUAAGCUACUUAACGAGAUCUCUAUGGCGCAUAUUUUUAAAUAACCCCCUCCUCUCCUGCUCCCAAAGUAAAUUAUUUUGCAUUACUGCCUUUGAAGAAAACUAACAACAGAUCACCUAAUGAUCUCAGUCCCAUUUGUUGCCAUUAUCUGUAUAUUUUAAGGCAGUUGUCUCUUAAUGCUUACGGCGUAUUUUAAAAGAGUACUUUCAUACAACAAUUAUGCCAGCGUAUCAUUUGCCAGUUAUAUUGUCUAAUAAUCUGGCUUACAGUUAGGCUAUUAACCACUGAGCUAAAUCCCACUUCGUCUCAGCAGCAAGGUGUUUGCCGUUGACUAUAGAAAUUAAUUGCAAACCUGAAGGAAUUUAGUUUAUUUGAGAUUUAUGAGCUGAGAUUGAAUUUUAAUAUGAAUAUUUGCGCGAAAAUUAAUCAGCCACUGCGAGAUAACCGCGUGAUAUCGAAAAACUGCUGACAGGCAGCAAGAAGUAUAUACUGAGCCAGAACAAUAAACAAUACUUGACAGCACAGAUACUACAGGAGAUGUGCUAACUCAUUAAAUUUUAACCGAAACUUUGAAAUCCGUUUUCAACUCAAAAAGAUUACUUAAAUAGGGUUAUAAAAUUCGUUAACGUGCGAUAUAAUUAUAAAGAAAUUUCAGCAAAUUUAAGAUGCCGGCUUUUGAAAACGCUACAUUCAGGCCGCCCACAAAAACUAUACUCUGUAAAACGACCGCAAAAGUUGUGUGAAUUCGUUAAUAUGAUUUUAGGUUCCUCUAUAAAUUCAAAUAUAUUAAAUGAAAAUUAAGUAUAAACAUAUUCAUUAUUUUACUUAAUUAAAAAGACAUUGGCGUCGUUUUUAAAUUUGUAUACUCAAAGCAUAAGUAUAAUUUUAUUUUAAAAGUGUUUCCAAUUAUGAGAAUUUUUGGAAUAGUAAAAUUCCCGUUCACAAAACAUCGUUUAUCUGAAUUAGCUAACGUUGCUUGUAAAAUUUACAAAAUGAAUCAAAUCCACUCCUACAUUUUAUGAACUCUAAACAGUCUCCUCUUAAGAGUGUGUAGAAAUGUAUGAUUUUCCGUACACGAAAAAUGUACAGCUUGUAGUUUCUGAACCCCAGAUCUAACUGUAACGAAAAGUCGGAGUCAAAAUCAUUCGGAGAUUAGGAAAGUUUUUGGAAACCACGUAAUACCUAUUUUUCAGUAAUGUAAUGUAAUCUACCAAAUACUUGAAGUAAAGAAUGUUUUAAUGGUGUUUUCAGUAAAAUAUACUUAGAUUUAUAAGGGCGCCCAAAAUCAAUGAACAUUGUCCAUCUACCUAGGUAGUCUUUUUUACAUAAUCUACUUUUUGCAGACAGCUGGAAAGGAAUUUGCUCAAAAGCCAGCAUUCCAAGGUAGCUGGAAUAUUUUGGAAUUAUGCUGCACGGUGAUUAAUUGUGCCACUCAACUUAAGUAAUAUUUUCGAGUCGAAAACCCACUUUUGAAUUUCAAAUAACUUUUCAUGAGUUUGCACAACUACUGUAGCUGAAAGCCCAGACAUGUAUCGUGACGAUAAUCUGCCGCUGCAUGACACAGCUGAAAAGGGUCACUUCAUCAUUGUGUCCCCUAGCAUUCCCCGUGUGUUUUCUGGUAGGCACUCCAGUUCAAAAAGUGUAACUCUUUAAUUUCUUUGGAAAUGGAAUUUCGUGUUGUCUCAGUGUAUAUGUCUUAUCUGGUACGUUAAAAGUCGGAAAAAAUUUUGUAUUUCAGUGAAACACACGCGCAAUCCGAUGCCGACUUUGGUGAAUUAAUUUAUUUCUGGUAUGAGUCAGAUAUAUCCUAAGAACGUAGAUGCUUCAGACUUGAAGGAGAAAUUCUUUACUCCUUGUGGACAUUUUAGGCCUGUGAUUCACCGAUGCAUUCUCCCAGACUUCUUACCAUGGAGUCCUAACUUGAAGUAAACAAAUGCCAGUAAUUUGCUUUAUGCUCAUAACUUGGGAGAUAUGAUCAGUUAAAAUGUCAUGCGAAUCGCAAACCUAGCAAAAAAAUUCAUGAAGUGGAGGAAUGCCGACAAAAUACGAAACGCACUCGAGUCAGCAGCCGCGGGACUUCAAAUGAGCACAUCCUUCCCAACGGUUUCGCUUCUCUAAUUAAUGCACGUUACUGUCGGAAAACAAAAUUAAACGCUAUCGCAAUUGCCCCGACCGGAAGGGGGAUGUUAGGAAAAACUUUAAACUCGCAGAGGUACAUGCGGGAAUAAAUGCACUUGUCAUACGGUAGAUCCUUCCGUAUUUUUUGCGUUGGACCUGCAAAGGGUGACCCUUGAGAACCGCAGAUGACUGCUUAUAACUUUUUAAACUCCGUAAAAGAAGUGGGCGUUACCGCUAGAGUAAACAACUUCAAGGCCAUCGUAGCCGACAGAACUUCGUUCCACAUACACCCUCUUAGCUGCUGCUCCAUGAGACACUCUUGAUUAGCAUUUGACAAAAUUUAGACAACGGUACGUCUGGGAACAAACAAAACCGGAAACCUCCGUCACACGCUUCACAAAUUGUCGAAAAAAAGGACAAUGAAUACCUUUGAUGUGUAAGAUUGUUGGAAUAGGCCUGUUGUUUUUUAGAAGGAGAAAAUUGGCUAUCCGGAACAGGUUUAUUUAACUGCUGACGUUUCAAAGAGCUGGGUCGGCUUUUCAUUGUCAGCAGUUAAUUAAACCUGUUCCGGAGAGCCAAUUUUCUCCUUCUAAUAAUCUUCCCGGAUCUCUAAACUUUUCCAAUCUGAACUGUUGUUUUUUGUCCGCUUCCCCUCAGAUCAUUCCAGAACCCGAGUGGAUACUCUGUCUUGCCGUUAAGUCCUUCACUAGCUCUGAGGAGACUCUGAGAGAUACACCAUUCAACCCCCGUUCUGUGUGA